AUGGCGUGUCCGGCGUUGGUGGUACAAAGGCAGCUGUGCUGCUUGCGAAGCGCAGCUAGCUGGCCGCUUGCAGAGCGCGGUCCCGAGCAGCCCCUUAGGCCCCGCCACUCCAGCCAGCGCGAACUGGCAGCGUCGGACCCGGACUGGGAAAAGGCUUUCGCUUCCCAUCCGAGCUGCUUCGCGGGGCAGGGGGAGGCGGAGAGAGGAGGAGGAGAAAAAGAAAAAGAGCCGGGGGGAAACAACAACAACAACACACCUAACCACAACCUCGAGGCAAGUGCCAAGAACCCUCGCUAGGUGGGCAUGAAAAAUCACUGCAGAAGCGGCGGCACCAGGCAGGAUUCAAUUCGAAGGCGAGCCGGGGAGCCUCUAGCCGGCUUCGCUGCGCCCAGGCUCUUCCCACACUCCGGCGCCCCCUCCCUCCUUUCGCAUGCCGCCGCUGCUGCUGCUGCUAUCCCGCCGUGCCCUCCCCUCCCCUCCCCAUCCCGGGAGUCCUUAUCCCCCCCCUCCCCGUUCAUUCUCCUCCCCUCCUCCCUCCUCCCGCCGCCGCCGCUUCCAGGCUCUGCAGGGUUGAUGGACAGCUGAGGAUCCGCUACUCCGGCGGCGCGCUGGGCAAAAAAACAAACCAACCCCGAGAGACAGGGAGCCAAAGAAUCUGGACUACUUGCAGCGGCAAAGGAGGGAAGCUUCGCGCGCCUCGGGAGCACUUCGACCCGCUUUUGGGGCGGCGAGGGGGAGAGAUUCGCAGCUUCAAGCGGGAGGGGCGGGGGAAGGGAGGAGUUGACUCCCCCGCCCUCAAUUAGCAACCCUCCCUGGGACUUUUUUUUUUUUGGCGUGGUGGUCCUUCUGGUCCUCUUUGAGGAAAGAGGAGCCGGGACUUGGAAGGCAACGACCACCCCCCCCACCCCCAAUUUGGGAGCAAAGGGCCCGCUCUGCAGAAGGAAGCAGCCGAUCCAUUUUGUGCUCCUUUACCACAACAAGCCUCGCUCCGCUUCUCUCCUCCUUGUGAUCCUGCUUCGAUCGUCCCCUCCUUCCCCGAUCACCCCCUCUCCGCCCCGCCCCGCCCUCCGUGCCUCUGCCCCCCCCCCCGCGCCGCCGCUGCUCUCUCGAUCCCGGGAUACAUGGGAGGCUCCGCUUCGCGCUGCCACGCGUUGGGUCGCAGGGGAUCCCUCAUCCCUCCUCCGGAAAGGAGUUUCCCCGCACCGGUUCCUCCGGCGAGCGGGCUCCCUGGGCGCUAAGAGGGAACUUCAGGCGCCUCGGCCGCGUUGGAGCAAGCCGCUUUCCUCGCAAACUUUUUUUUCCUGGGCAAAAGCACCCCGAGCCCUGCCCGCGUCAGCGCAACUCCAGCAUGUAAAAGGGAGCGCCAGCGACGGCCUCUUUCUCUGCAGACGUGGCCCCUGCCGUCCCCAAGGGUAAGAGAAAGGCGAGAUCCUUGUUGUUUCUGGGUCUUUGGUGAAAGCGACCCAAAUUGGAGCGGGCGCUGCUUGCUGCAGCGGCGGCAGUAAACUGGGUUCCGUCUGCUCCGAAUAGCGCGCGGCCGCCGUCGCGCAGAGGCUGCAGCAUCAGCUGCCUCGCACUCCCCUGCUUUCAGGCGGGGGGGGGGGGUCCCUCGCCCCCUAUACCGGGGUGGGGAAACUCUGGGAUCCUAUUAGUGUUUGGUGAGUGUGCUUGAAUCAUGGCGGUGGGGGAUUGCUCACGGCUAAUAGGAAGUUUCGUUUUGCAGCAAGGCUGGUGGUGGUGUUAGACUUCCCCACAGAAAUAAGAGCCCACUCCCAGCUGUUUUAGGUUUAGCCCACAUCCCAGCUCAGAAGCUGCGUGCAAAAGCUGCCCCCCUCCUCGCUUUCUCAUCACAACCACCCUGUGAAGUGGAAUAAGGGGUGCUCUGAUUGAUUUCUGCUUGUGGGUGCUCUUCCUGUCCUCCUUUUUUAUUUCUCUCCGGGGCUUUUCUGGGGAGAGAGAGAGAGACAUAGCUGUCAACCUUCCCUUUUUUUGUGGGAAAUUCCCUUAUUCCAGCGCCGCCGUUUCCCGCUGCUUCCUGCUGCUAUCCCGGAUUGUUAGAUAUCCCGUAGACUGUCCCUGGGACAAGUGAGGCUGCCGAUCCCUUGUUUUCAAAUCUGAAAGUUGACAGCUAUGGAGAGAGAGGCUCUCCUAACCAAAUCCAAUCUGAGUUUUGCCAUUGCUGGGGAGCAAACGGGAGUCAGCUGUUUGCACUGGGAAUGGGAUGUGAUGAGGCACCACAGCUGCCCAAACUCUCUCUCUCUUCUUCUUCUUCUCUGCAAGGUAACACAGGUUGCUGCGAGGAGGAGACAUCCCCGCUUCCCCACAGGAGUGAUGCUCAUCAGAGAAGUUUUGCUGCUCCUUCAGUGCUGCUGGUCUUCCCUGCUACUGCACUGGACCCUCCAUCCCAUCUGGGGCUUCAUUCAGGUAAUGUCAGGAACUCCCACCUUUCUUGCUUAGGUAGCCCACACCUGUGCUCUUCAAAGAGCACAAACUUCUGCAGCAAAGUACUUCUGAACUGUCCUUAUUGCACUUGACGUUUGUGGGCGGCGGAGGGGUGAAGUACAAAAAGGAUGUGCUUUAUUGCUAGGGUUACUGCUGUAGCAAAGUACUGUACUUCUCUUUGAGAUGUGAAUACCUGGCCCAGGUGUCCCAAAGUAAAGCUGGUACAAUUGUAGUUAGAUCUGAGCUGUUUGUCGUACACAGGACUAAGGCAGGGAGGCAGCAGCAGCAGCAAAGAGCUGUCGUGUGUCAGAAGCAGCUACUACGUGAUUUUCGCAAUAACAGAAUGAUUUGUGUUGUGAACACACCCUGAGCAAUUCUUAAGCUUUGCAAAGAAUUGAUACAGGGUAUACUUUUUUGCAUUUCGUUGACCCUUGAACCUGCUGUUCACUCCUCUGUACCCACGUACAGGAUACAAACAUGCAGACAUAUGUGCAGGAUUCUGUACCUGUUCAGGAUAGCAAGUCAUGCAUUUGAUGAAGUGGGCUACUUUCAUGAAAGCUUAUCCCAUAAUAAACCCAUUAGAUCUUUAAGGUGCCGUAAGCUCUGUUGCUGUUUUUUUUGCUGCUACAGGCUAAUAUAGCUACCUCUUUGGAAGUCCUGUGUGUGACAGUGGUGAAAAAGAGAGGGAGAGAGUAUUUCUCUGUAUGUUCAAUGCUACUGUUCAGGGUGUUUGGUGUUUCUCUGAACACAGGAAAUAAAGGACCCGAGGUGCUUGUUGAUUAGUGGAUGUGAUUCGAGGUUAUGAGUGACCACAAUCUUUGAUUCCCGGUUUUCAUGCAUGCUAGUUCUGAUGUACGGGAAGUGAGCGCUGCUCCUCAGGUAGCCAAAUGGCACCACCCAUGCGCCACCUGUUAUCAGCUGGCUUGAGAGAAGGUCAACAUUUGCAGCAGUUAAAAAAAAUAAAGAAAAACUUCAGGAAAAGAACUAAGGGCGGUAUCCCGCCCCCCACCCCACCCAAAGCCCAGUGAAGACAUGAAAUCCCAACUGACUGUUGGGAAAAGGGGGAAGGAAUAGAAAACUGAGGGGAAGCAUGGCAUGGAUGGGAGGGGCUGGAAUUUGGACUAGGGGAGGAUUCCAUACUGCAGCAUUUUGUUGCUGGCUCCUCUUGUUCAUUCCAUUUAUUUUCCAAUGUGUCUUAAAUCCAUAUGUAGAAGUAUCUCUCUCUGGUUGCGUGUGUACCUCAUUUGUCCGGUAAAGUAGAUGGUUGGGUCUCAAUUUCUACGGCGUAAAUAAGCAAGCCAGCCUCUGAGGCUCAAGCCGCAGACCCGUUUUUAUUCACUUGCAAAAUGGAAUAGGGGGAAAGAGAUCGAUGGUCAGACUGAAAGGGCCAAAGGGAUUAUCUUGAAGGUAGGGUGCUGAAUCUUUUCCUGCCCAUCCCUAAUUUCCCCCUAACUGGACAUAUUCUGGCUUGGUCCCACAAUCUUACUAAGAUUAUCAGGCUCUGAUGUUGGAAGUGAAACUGCCCAGAGGAUGGGAUUGGGGAAUAGUCCUCAAGAGGAAACUUAGGCUGGAGGACGGUUCUGGUCUCUUACCCCUUCCUCCUUUAAAUUGCACUCUCACCUGCCGCUUUACACUCGGGUCGAAAAGACCUGAGUUUCAAUAUACCUGCCUGCUGCGGUCACAGACAAUUUGGGCCUGAGAUUCUACGUGUUUUCAUUUUGCUUUUUCUACUGCAGUCCAGCAUAGCAACUCUUCAGGCUCCUAAACUUAACGCGAUUUUAAAUAUAUCUUCAGUAGGGUUACAACUGCCUCAUAAAACACUUCUUUAAACACCUGAAAGAUGUAAAAAGUGUUUUGGAAAUAUCGUUUAGGCUGAGGGCGUUGGAUGCUUUCAGUUUAGGGAAGAAAGGAUUGGCAGCUGGGGCAUGUUUACUUCUGAGUAAGUGCCAUGAAUUUCAGUGAUACUUUCAACUAAGUAUGCUUAGACUUGCUGCCUACCAGGUUGUGAGGCUGGGGGAGGGAAUUUCCUUGUACCUUCAAAUUUUUGUUACACUGCAGCCCUGUGCACACCUGCCUGGCCCAGCUAAAUUGAAUGGGACUUCAUUUGAAGUAAACAUUCAUAGGAUCACACAAUACGAGGCUGUUGUUAGACUUCAGCUAUUUGCAGAGCAGUGCAAUGUUAUUUUCAAACAAGGUAACACAAAGCAGAUCUUGGGUGGCUGUCCAGAAAUGUUUCCUAAUACUUGUGUUGUGAAGAAAGACUGCCAGGAAAGUGAUGGAGUUGCAGUGGGAAUGUUUUCUUGAGAGUGGUUUAAAUCUGGAAAAUCUUAAGUGUUACAAACUAUCAGAUUAGGUGAUCCAUGAACUGCUUUGUGCAGUUCAGACGGGUCUAAGAAGAUUAUUUUGAUCAAACAGAGGGUGCAGUUUAGAGAUUCAAACCACUGCAUCAAAAGUCAGUAUCUGACUCUGCUCGCUCACUGCGCUUCACUGAAAAUGAAUUUGGUGUUUAACUUCAAUAAAGGAGCUUGUGUGAUUUAGGGGUGGGGUGUCAGCUGAAGGCUGUCUGCACCUUGUAAAAGUUUUUGUCCUUCCAAUACUUUGGAUGUGGUGAAGGGAGAAGAGCCAUAGCUCAGACGUGGAGCUUUGCUGGCAGAAUGCCCAAUUUCUGGCCCGAAUGCCCAAUUUCUGUUCUCAUCCUGAAGCAAAGUUCUUAACCUGAGGUACUAUUUCUGGGUUAGCGGAGUCUGUAACCUAAAGCACCUGUAACCUGAAGCGUAUGUAACCCGAGGUACCACUGUAGAAGGCAGCUUGUUAUGAGAGUCUCAUAUCUGCAACCAAAACAACAGCAACAAAUAGUUGAAUUGCACACUUUUGGUGAAUGCUGAAGAUGCAUGUCUCUAUCAUGGCCUGUACACUUGAGAUGUAUAUUUAAGGAUCCUCCUUAUCUUUGUAGUUUUAAGUUGUUUAAAACGGUUUUCAAGAUUGUGUUUCAACUGAAACCUUGAGGUGAAGGAUUGGUAAUUAUUAGUAAUAGUAAUGGUGCUCUUCCCAAACAUUGUAUUUAUUUUUUUACUCAAGUAUACAUCUGUUCCUAGCACAGUGCCAACAUUUUAGGCCUCAGAGACAUAAAAAAAGCAGGCCUGCCAUGUUUGGGAGAAAGCAUAAUUGGACACAUGAAUUCCUACAUCAACAGUGGUAUAGGAUGUGUGUUUAUGAGUGUUUUGUGUUUAUGAGCAUUUGGUGCCUGUAUGUGUGUUUUUCAUAAUCCCUUCAUGCACUUCACAUUUCCACAUAGAAAAGUAUUUAUUAUUCACCUCCCCUGCCCCACUCCCCCAAAAUUUACAACCUUUGCUGUUGUCUUCCAUGUCGGGUCUCCUAAAUAGAAUUUGAACUAAAGCAACCAUAGCUGCCCUACUGAGAACAGUCCAUUUUUGUUUGUGUGCUAAAGGGCUUCAUCCUUCCCCAGUGCUUUUAAGCGAUCAACGCCAUUGAAUUUGGUGCCCGUAGAAUUCAGCUUGCUAAUUCAGAGCAGGAUCUGAGUCUUCCUGAAUGUGCUGACAGGGAAGAGGGUUUUCAAAGUCUAAUGACUGUAGGUGGCAAUGUGUUCAAAACUAGGCCUCUCCAAAUAGCCUAAUUUCAUUAGCAGUUUGGCAAGGCAUCUGUGAUGUGGCUGUGAACUCGGAAUCCACUGAGUGCAGGCUGAAUCAGUUUUCCUGGUUCUCUGGUCCUCUGGUUUGCCAUGUAGGUUGACCUUGGUGGAUAUGUGUGGUGACCAGCGAUCAAGAUGCAUAGACCCAGAGGCGAUAGGACAGGGUGCAAUUUAUACAGAUGAGUUCUUUCAGCCUUGCAGACUCCACUGUGAUAUAUGCAACCUAAGUAAGCAGGAUUGUGAGCAUUGAAGCCAAGGGACAUAGGAAGCUGUCUUAUACUGAGCUGGGUGAUCGGUGCACCUAGCUAGUAUUGUCUACACUGGCUGGCAGAGGCUGCAGGGUUUUGGGAGGCUUUCCCAGCCCUGGAGAUGUCGGGCAUUGAAUCUGAGACUUUCUACAUGCACAGCAGAUUCUCUAGCACCAAAUUGUGUGGUCCCCCUCUCCCUUUGACAUGCUACCUUUUGUGAGUUAACGCCUUGCUUGUAACUUAGAUCUUGAGGGAGUAAUUGAUAACCUCAGUACUGUAAGUACAAAGAAAAUGCUGUCCUUUCCCUCUGUUCUAAACUUGGCAGAUUCCGCAUUUUGCUGUGGAUGUUGCUUGACUUAACUUUUUGCCUCUCGUCUGAAGAUCUGUCAGCCGUCCAAUUGCAAAACAAGGAUCUUGUGCUGCCGUCGCUGCUGCCUGCCACGCUCUGAAAUCCGGGUGGCUAAACAAGCUUGUGUAAUUGAAACUGUGCAUGCUUUGAAGGCAAAUGUAAUUAUGUGAAAGGAUCUGCUGGGGUUUUUUUUGGAACCGACACCCUCCAAUCAAUCAGUCAGUCGCCAUGACUUACAAAAGCACCCCUUAUGCAAGCUUCAUAAGUGAUGUAUAUACAAAUCACUAAUACAUUAAAUUAGGUUUGUAAGUAUACAAGGGUCAUGCUGCAGAGAGUCCUUAUUAAGCCUGGGCUUCCCUUUCUAGUUUUACCAGGGGGAAAUGAUUUUGCCUUAUCCAUAGGUUAUGCUAGCAUUUUUAUCAUCAUGAAUCUGUUUCAUUCCACAUUAGACACAUACGGGGGGGGGGGGGACCAAACCAGAAGCAAUUUGGUUAAAUGUAGCAACUUUCUUUAGAAUUUCAGCAAUAGUACCGUUUCCGUGGGGUGAUAAGAACACGAGAAGAGCCUGCAGGAUCAGGCUGGUAGCUCAUCUACUCCAGCAUCCUAUUCUUACAGUGGCCAAUCAGAUGCCUGUGGGAAACCCUCAAGCAGGAUUUGAACGCAAGAGCCCUCUCCCCUCCUGCAGUUUUCAGCAAUUGCUUUUCAGUAGCAUUUAGGUCUCCAUCUGUGGAGACAGAGCAGAGCCAUUACGGCUAGUGGCCUUAGCCCUCUCCUCCAUGAAUUUGUCUCAUCUUCCUUGCAAGCCAUCCAAAUUGGUGACCCUUACUGCAUCUUGUGUCAGUGAGUUCCAUAGUUUAACUCUGUGUUGCUUGAAGCAGUGCUUCCUUUUAUCUGCCCUGACUCUUCCAACAUUCCUGUGGCGAAAGACCCUUAGGUAUAAUCGGUGCCUCAUGAAAUUGCCAGGUUCAGCGUGGCACAGUUGAGGGGAUAUGGGGUCUUGUGCUUUUAACAGUUUCGCAGAAGAAAUAGUUUCAGCGUGUUCUGCUUCUCCUCUUCCAGCUUUGUAGCAAAACAGAAAGAUCAGCUCAAACCUCUCCUUUCUAAGCAGCUAUUGGAAACCCAGGAACCUUCUUCCAGAUCUAGAAACCUCAGACCUGUCUCCCAUAGAUACAGUCUCCCAUGUCAUCAGUGUCAACCAAAAUAAUCAGUUUUGGCAAACAGCAGAGAAAGCCUUAAAUUACUAUAUUUUUCCACAUAAGUCACAGAGAGAGAGAGAGACCACCAGCAUUCCCAGGGAGGCAAUAAGUGACUUUUCAAAAUGACAUCGUGCCUGUACUGGGAUGUAACACCAAUGUCAUGAUGCAUACUUCCUAUGUAAACAUGCUCAAUAGGCAGUGAAUGCGAAAAAGAUGUGUUUACUUGGUCCUUUUGGAACAGGAAGUAAGAAAGCUGAGCCUCGUGGGCUACUAGAAAUGAAGGUGGGCUACCAUGUUUAGGCAAAAUGGGUGCCUUCUGCUCACUGCCAAUCCUGGUGGCCAUAGGGAAUUUCUGCAAAAAAGGAUGAUGAUUGGACACUUCAUGAUUAGACACAUACAGAAACAAGAAAAAGUGAGUGGAGAUUUGUUGGUAUUAUUUCUUCUUUUAUUUGCAUCAUCCCACUCACUGUCUAGAGACACAGGCAUCAGAAAGCUGCAGGUAAUUACAGGUGCAGGACCUUAAAGAUGUAGCAGAGGCAUUAACAAACACCACUCUUUUUUCAACUACUGCUUUGGCAGUCUAAGACAAGGGUAGCCACGUGACAAACUUUGUGGAACAGUGGAUGCAAGAAAAGUUGACUAGGGCCAUAAACUAUAUACAGUGAUACCUCAGGUUACAGACACUUCAGGUUACAGACGCUUCAGGUUACAGACUCCGCUGAGCCAGAAAUAGUACCUUAGGUUAAGAACUUUGCUUCAGGAUGAGAACAGAAAUCGCGCGGCGGCAGCAGGAGGCCCCAUUAGCUAAAGUGGUACCUCAGGUUAAGAACAGUUUAAGGUUAAGAACGGACCUCCGGAACGAAUUAAGUUCUUUUCUUUUUUAAUUACUCACUUUCCACAUAACAAAUUAUCAAACCAUAUAAUCACCUACAUAAUCCCCCCUCCCUCCCCCCUCCACCAUGGACUUCCCUCAGCUCCUCUCCCUUGAUUUCGCUGCACAUAUUUUCUCUGCAUAUUAUAAAAUUGUAUAUAUCCUUACAUAUCUGUCCAUAAUGUUAUCAACAAUAAAUUUGUGUAUGUUUAUUCACAACCUGCCAAGGAGUCCAGUUCAUUUUGUUGUGUUUUUAGAUAAUUUGUAUAAAGUUCCCAUUCCUCCUUGAAGUCACAGUUGUCCUUGUCUCGCAAUUUGUAUGUCAAUUUGGCCAGUUCUUGGCUAAUUUGGAACGAACUAAGUUCUUAACCCGAGGUACUACUGUACAUUAUUUUACUAUAUUAUACAGGCAAAAUGCAACUGCUGCAGGGAUUACAUUCCAAGGAUACGUACCUUAUUUUUCCGUGUAUAACAUGCCCCCGUGUAUAAGGCACCCACUAUUUUUGGGGACUCCAAAUUAAGAAAAUGUGGGGAGAUUGCCCAGAGUUGCUGAGCUUUUUGGGGGGAGGGUGGCACAGAGUUGUUGAGCUUACUUUAGGGGAGAUUGCUGAAAAUCAUCUGUCCCCUCGCUGACAAAAGCCACCAAUCGCCCACCCUAUUGCCACAGCAACAGCCAAUCAACACCAGCCCUUGACGCAGCCACCAAUAACAUGCCCAAUAGCCCAUGACAAUCUCCGGCUCGUGGCAGCAACUAAUCCCACGUCCCCCCUAUGCACUAUCUGUGUAUAGGAUGACCCCCAAUUUUUUUCUUAAUUUCUUAAUAAAAAACCCUCCCCUUAUAUAUGGAAAAGUACGGUAAAUUAUGCAAGUGGAGGACUCUGAACAGGAAAAUUGUGCCUGUGUCUCCUUUGGAAUCAACCCAUUUGCCAAGGCCUCCUACAUGAGGACGCCAUUGUUUCUGGUCAAAAUGAUUGUAUAUUGACACGGUUAAAAACAACAAUGUGAGAUGGUGUAGGAGUUAGCAUGUUGGACUAGGACUGGGGAGAGGGGUAUGUAAAUCCCCGUUCAGCCAUAAAACAUCCUGGGUGACUUUGUUGGGCCAUCAUCAGAAGCUUAGCUGGGGGGAGGGGGAGGGGUCACAGGUCGCCACACCACGGGGGGGGGGGCAGCACUUACCGUGGGGCCUGUCUCUCAGCCUAGUGUAGCCUACCUCACAGGGUUGCUGUGAAGAAAGGUAAAGGGACCCUGACCAUUAGGUCCAGUCGUGACCGACUCUGGGGUUGCGGCACUCAUCUCGCUUUAUUGGCCGAGGGAGCCGGCAUACUGCUUCCGGGUCAUGUGGCCAGCAUGACUAAGCCGCUUCUGGCGAACCAGAGCAGUGCACGGAAACGCCGUUUACCUUCCCGUCGGAGCGGUACCUACUUAUCUACUUGCACUUGAUGUGCUUUCGAACUGCUAGGUUGGCAGGAGCAGGGACCGAGCAACGGGAGCUCACCACUUUGUGGGGAUUCAAACUGAGUUAAACGCAGUGCUACAGUGUUUGAGAUUUCACAGUGCUUUUGACUGAGCUAAUCUUAAACUCCAGAACCUCAUCAAUUUCAGCUGCCUGGACUGGCUUCACUUCUUAAAAAAAUGAGCCCGAGUUCCAUUACGAUUGUGGAACACUAUUAAAACUGGAACACUAUUAAAAAUGGAAUAUUAAAGUUAGUCUAUUGGCUCCAAAGGCUUAGCAACAGAAGUGCUGUUGGUGGGAAGGAGUUCAGAGAGGUGACAAAGGAAUACAGAAAACUGCCUUCUAGUGAGCCAGCUUAUUUGUCUAGCCCUGCUGCAAAUUUGGAGCUUACUCAAGAGGAAACUAUCCCUCCAGAAAGUAGCACAACCUUGUAUUCAGCACCAGAUUGAAACAGUGAUGAAUUCAAAUUCCACUGCAAAUGAACUUUCAGGAGUGCUCUGCCUCCUCUAAUUUCCCAACUCCUCUGUGACAACAGCUGAUACAAUUUUCUGGUUAUUUUCAUAGACAUGCUUCAAGCUUUGUUGUAAAGAAUAGGAUGUUUUUGGGGAGUUCCUACCCACCUCAGAAAGCAUGUUAAUACAAAAGUUUAAAUAGCAACAGAGUUGUAUCCAAGUAAGCCAUGUUCCAUGUAGACCCAUUGAACUCAGUCAACUUGAGUCCAAUUAUUUCAGUUCGUCUAUGAAAGUAUGAUUUGCUUAGAUAAAACUCAUAGACUGUCAAAAUCCACACUGUUGACAGCUGGAGACAUUAAAACGGGUAACUAAUGUGGUGGUAUCAAGAUGUUGUGGACUGCAACUCCCAUUGUCCCAUGGGCAAGGAUUGAUGGGAGUUAUAGUUCACAACUUCUAGAGAGCAGCACAUUGGGUACCCCUGCAUCAAAACAUUAUGGAAUGCAAAGCAGAUUCAAGUCAAAGGGUUUCUGUCUUGGACAGACCAGUAAGGACAACAGUUUAGCCAUUUCCUCUGACAGGAAUGUCACUGAGACACCUGACAGUAACAUCUUAGCAGCAAAGUCCAGGCAAAACAGCUUAUGAAUGACUAUGGAAAAGAAAUCUCUCUCUCUCUAUUUUAGAAGUAAGCUUGAAUGAAAGCCAGUCAGAUAUUGGUUUGGUUGAUCAUUAAAAGGCAACAUGAAGUGUUAAAAUUUGUGACAGGUCUAUAUUUAUAGCAGAAUCUUUCAUUGCAGGGCAUAGCUUUGCUGCCUUCUCAUCUGCCAACCUAGAGGCAGCUUGUAUAGGCAUUAGGGAAAGAAAAGAGCAAUUACACAUCAUAUGAGUCAUCACGCUUUGUGAGAGGAGCAGUCUUCCACACAUUUUCUAGUAAUAUCAUGUUCUGUUUUGUUUAAAAGGGGCCCACGUGGAGUCUUUUUCAUGGCUGGAAAAAAAUAAAUUGACAGGAAGCUUCUUCACAUUUUGAGGUGAUAUGUACAGAAUUUUGAAGAACCUUGGAAACGAUGAAGGUCCAAUGUAGGCUUUCAUUUGUUGUUGUUUAGUCGUUUAGAUCGUGUCCGACUCUCUGUGACCCCAUGGACCAGAGCACGCCAGGCCCUCCUGUCUGCCUCCCACAGUUUGGUCAAACUCAUGUUAGUAGCUUUGCGAACACUGUCCAACCAUCUUGUCCUCUUUCGUCCCCUUCUCCCUGUGCCCUCAAUCUUUCCCAACAUCAGGGUCUUUCCCAGAGAGUCUUCUCUUCUCAUGAGGUGGCCAAGGUAUUGGAGCCUCAGCUUCAGGAUCUGUCCUUCCAGUGAGCACAGGCUUUCAUUUAGUCUUUGUUAAUGGCAGGGAUAGCCAAUAUGAUGCCAUCCAGAUGUUGUGGACUACAACUGUCAUCAACCCCAGUCAUCAUGGCCAGUGGUCAGGGGUGAUGGGAGUUGUAGUGUGAGAACAUCUGCAGGACACUGUGUUGACUACCCCGACUGAGGAUGUAAACAAGGGGUUUGGGAAUCUGCCCUCAGUUCCAGCCUCUUCCUCAAGAUUGGUUUGCUGCCAUUUCCCUUAGUACCACACAUUAUCUCUCUUCUCAGUCCUCCCAUUUCUAAGAAGACUAUGCUGUGAGAUAGAUGUUUUUGCACCUUCUUCUGACACCAUUUCUGCAGCAGCUGUUUACACAGAGGAAGGGCAGAUAUCGAGCAUGGAGAACCUGUGGCCCUUCAGUUGAUUUUGGACUCCCAUCAGUCCCAGACGGAGUGUUAGAAACUGGGAUAGAAAAGCUAGCAGCCAAAUGGUUUCUGGGAUCUGGGGGGGAGCAAAACAGAAUGUCUAGUUAUUAAGACAUGUCUUAUUAUUUUGAUAAGCAUGAACUCAUACGCAAUUCACAUAAGUGACACAUUGUUAAUAUAACAUUUUUAUCAGAAAUUGUUAAUACAUGUUUAAUUUGGGGUUUACAAUAAAAAUGUUGGUGCUAUAUUUCAGUUUUCAAAUCACUCUACUCUUUAUUGUUAAACUCCUUAGUAUACAGUGGUACCUCGGGUUACAUAUGCUUCAGGUUACAUACACUUCAGGUUACAGACUCCGCUAACCCAGAAAUAGUGCUUCAGGUUAAGAACUUUGCUUCAGGAUGAGAACAGAAAUCGUGCUCUGGCGGCGCAGCAGCAGCAGGAGGCCCCCAUUAGCUAAAGUGGUGCUUCAGGUUAAGAACAGUUUCAGGUUAAGUACGGACCUCCGGAACAAAUUAAGUACAUAACUAGAGGUACCACUGUAUUGUCUAUCCUUAACAUAUACUUUGAGGCUGCAGAGCACAUACAUUUCAGUAAUCCUUGAGUGUCAGCCAGGCGCAAAAAAAUGGCACCCAGACUUUUUGAGGUGCUCGCAAAUGGAGAAUCUAUUGGCACAAAAUGCCCUGCUAAUUUCGAACCCUGCCCAAAGAGCAUGGCCAAUGGCCAGGGAUGAUGGGAUUUGAAGUUCAGCAUCAUCUUGGAGGGCCACAGGUUCCCCAUCCCUAUUAUAAUGUAUUAUUUUAUAUACCACUUAUUUGCAAAAAUGCCUUCUAAGAGGUUUGCAGGUAUAAAACAGAGCAUAAAGAAUAUAGCCACAAGUAAUUAAAAUGCAAUAAAGCAAUUUCAUCAGGACUUUAAACAGCCAUGAUUAAUAUGUGCAAUAAACAAGCCCAUUACAACAACAUAGCAAUUCACACAGUUUAAACAGCAGUUAUAGCAGGAAGCUCAAGUCAGGGGGAUCACGAGCAGCGAACAUUGUUUCCAGGCAGAAGGUCCGAGGUUAAUUCCUGGUGACUUUCCAUCUAGAAUGAUCUGAAAGAUGCUUGUCUGCCUGAAAAACUGAAGUGCUGCUGCCAGUCAGAGUAGAUAUUACUUGGGUCAAAUGACAACUACUAUAACUUAUCAAGUCUCCAGUGCAAAUCUUGCCUCUGCCAUGACUGCAUUAGAUAUUAUGGCCUCAGUUGCCUUAUGCUUCUUUUAUAUGGGGGUAUCUUACAUGUAAGGGACGCAGGUGGUGCUGUGGGUUAAACCAGAGCCUAGGACUUGCCGAUCAGAAGGUCGGCAGUUCGAAUCCCCGUGACGGGGUGAGCUCCCAUUGCUCGGUCCCUGUUCCUGCCAACCUAGCAGUUCAAAAGCACGUCAAAGUGCAAAUAGAUAAAUAGGUACCACCCUGGCGAGAAGGUAAAUGGCGUUUCCGUGCGCUGCUCUGGUUCGCCAGAAGCAGUUUAGUCAUGCUGGCCACAUGACCUGGAAGCUGUACGCCAGCUCCCUCGGCCAAUAAAGCGAGAUGAGCGCCGCAACCCCAUAGUCGGCCACGACUGGACCUAAUGGUCAGGGUCCCUUUACCUUUUUUUUAUCUUACAUGUAUCUGAGGAAUCUUACAUGAUUUUUGGGGGGGAAAGAUUCCUGAGAUAAUGUAUGUGAAUCAUUUUUAAGAAUGAGGAAAGGAAGACAAGGAGACAGUAGAGCUCUCUCUACACAUGGUAUGCUGUAUGAAUGCCAGUGAUCCUUCAAGUAACUUGGACCCAGACUAUUCAGGAAAUGGAUAGGUAAGCAGUGCAGCUGAAACAGUAUUGAUAUAACAUUAUCCAUUGUCUGGUCCUUAUGAGAAUACUGGUGGCUGUGUUUCUGUACCAGUUGAAGUUCCUGAACAGUUUUUAAAGGCAGCCCCUUUGCAGAGCAGAAUACAGUGGUACCUUGGUUCUCAAACUUAAUCCGUUCCGGAAGUCCAUUCCAAAACCAAAGCAUUCCAAAACCAAGGCGCGCUUUCCCAUAGAAAGUACAGUGGUACCUCGGGCUACAAAUGCUUCGGGUUACAAACUCCACUAACCUGGAAGUAGUACCUCGGGUUGAGAACUUUGCCCUAGGAUGAGAACGGAAAUCGUGUGCUAGCAGCGCGGUGGCAGCGAAAGUGCGCCUCAGGUUAAGAACGGACCUCCGGAACGAAUUAAGUUCGUAACCCGAGGUACCACUGUAAUACAAAACAAAUUCCUUCCUUCCAGACUUUCAAAAACAAACCCUAAAACAGCAAUUUAACAUGAAUUUUACUAUCUAACAAGACCAUUGAUCCAUAAAAUGAAAGCAAUAAUCAAUGUACUGUACUACAAAAUAAAUAAAACAGAUGAUAAAAAUAAAAAAAAUUCUGACCUGCACUGAUGAUAGUCAUUGUUUGGAUGGGUGUUUUUAUCCAUUUCCGCAGUCUCACAGUCAAUCAAUCAGUAGCUGAACUGGGUUCCACACAGUCACAAAACCAAAUCACAGUAAACAAAAAAGCCUCAAAAACAAAAAUGCAAAAUAAAUAGCAAAAACAAAAGCGCCAAACUUAAUCAGUUCUGGAAUUCCAUUUGACUUCCGAAAUCUUUGAAAAUGAAGGCACAGCUUCUGAUUGGUGCAGGUGCCUGGAAACAAUAGCCGAUAGUUGGAUGUUUGGCUUCCAAAAAACACUUGAAAACCGGAACACUUACUUCCGGGUUUUCAGAGUUUGAGAAACAAAGUGUUUGAGAACUAAGGCAUUUGAGAACCAAGGUACCACUGUAGUCUAGUCUAGGGAUAGACAGCCUUUGAGAUCUUUCUGUUCCUAAUUACUGCUGAGGGGGAGUUUUCAUUGGCUAAACAUGGUAAAGGUAAUAAUAAUAGUAAUAAUAAUAAUAAUAAAUUUUAUUUAUAUCCCGCCCUCCCCAGCCAAAGCUGGGCUCAGGGCGGCUAACAACAAUCAAAAUAAUCCAACAUUCUAAAAACAUUCAUUAUAAAAUUAAUUAAAAUCAAAUUGAUGGCAACCAUUAAGCAAAAUUCUGUGCAGAUUGCCAGAGGAGGGUGUCAGGCUGCGCCCUGACCAAAGGCCUGGUGGAACAGCUCUGUCUUGCAGGCCCUGCAGAAAGAUGUCAGGUCCCGCAGGGCCCUAGUCUCUUGUGACAGAGCGUUCCACCAGAUUGGAGCCGUGGCCGAGAAAGCCCUGGCUCUAGUUGAGGCCAACCUAACCUCUCUGUGGCCUGGGACCUUCAAGAUGUUUUUAUUUGAAGACCGUAAGUUUCUCUGUGGGACAUACCAGGAGAGGCGGUCCCAUAGGUACGAGGGUCCUAGGCCGUAUAGGGCUUUAAAGGUUAAAACCAGCACCUUAAACCUGAUCCUGUACUCCACCGGGAGCCAGUGCAGCUGGUAUAGUACCGGAUGAAUAUGAUCUCGCAGCGAAGACCCCAUAAGGAGUCUCGCAGCGGCAUUCUGCACCCGCUGGAGUUUCUGGGUCAGUCUCAAGGGCAGCCCCACGUAGAGCGAGUUACAAUAAUCCAGUCUGGAGGUGACCGUCGCGUGGAUCACAGUGGCUAGGUCAGGGCGAGAGAGAUAAGGAGCCAACUGCUUAGCUUGGCGGAGAUGAAAAAAUGCCGCCUUUGUUAUAGCUGUAAUCUGCGCCUCCAUAGAGAAGGAGGUAUCGAAGAUUACACCCAAACUCUUAACGGACGAUGCUGGCACUAAUUGCACCCCGCAAGAGAUGGGAGUUGCCCCUCAAUCCCAUAUCGCCCCGUCCCAGCCAGAGGACCUCUGUCUUCGAAGGAUUUAACUUCAACCGGCUCCCACGUAACCAUCCAGCCACAGCUUCCAGACAUCUGGUCAGUGUGUCUGGGGCCGAGUCAGGAUGGCCGUCCAUCAACAGAUAGAGUUGGGUGUCAUCGGCAUACUGAUGGCAGCCCAGCCCAAAACUCCGGACAAGCUGGGCGAGGGGGCGCAUAAAGAUGUUAAAAAGCAUCGGGGAGAGAAUCGCACCCUGAGGCACUCCACACACCAAGGAGUGGCACGAUGACAAUUCCCCCCCAAGCGCCACCCUCUGUCCCCAACCAGAGAGAAACAAGCGCAGCCAUUGAAGGACUGUGCCCUGGAUCCCCACGUUGGCAAGGUGGUGGUCCAGGAGUUCGUGAUCGACCAUGUCGAAGGCUGCUGACAGGUCUAGAAGAAUCAGCAGCCCCGACCCGCCUCGAUCCAGCUGCCUGCGGAGAUCAUCUGUUAGGGUGACCAGAGCCGUCUCGGUCCCAUGACCAGCGCGGAAGCCGGACUGGAAUGGAUCGAGAGCCGAUGUUUCAUCCAGAAACCUACCAAGCUGUUCAGCAACCGCUCUCUCAAUCACCUUACCCAGGAAUGGAAGAUUCGAAACCGGGCGGUAAUUGGAUAGAUCUAAGGGAUCUAAUGAUGUUUUCUUUAAGAGCGGACGCACCACUGCCUCCUUCAGUUCCCCUGGGAAUAUCCCGGUGCCAAGGGACAAAUUGAUGAUAUCACCCAGGGGCCCCGCACCUCGUCUGGACACGCUCUAAUCAGCCAAGACGGGCACGGGUCAAGAGGACAGGUGGUGGGCUUUCCAGCUCGGAGGAGUCUGUCCACAUCGGCUGGGGAUAUCCGGUCAAAGUGGUCCAAUACUGGACCCGAGGACAGUCGAGGGGCCUCCAGUUCCUUUAUUGUAUCCAAAUUGGCAGGGAGGUCAUGGCGGAGCAACAGGACCUUCUCCGCAAAAAGCUCGCAAAUGCCUCACAGCUGUGUGUCAAAUUGUUAUUUAAAUUUGGCUGUCCUUCAAGGGACGUUAAAGACCUAAUUAUACUAAAUAAUUGCGCCGGGAGAGCUAGCGGAGGCAAUGGAGGCCGAGAAGUAGGACUUCUUAGCGGCCUUCACUGCCAUCUCGUAGGUUUUCAUAAAAACCCUAUAAGAUGUUCUUGAGGCUCCGUCACGGGCACCCCGCCAUACUCGCUCUAGCCGUCUGAGGUCCCGCUUCAUUUUCCGAAGCUCCUCGGUAAACCAGGGAGCCCGGUUUCUGCGGGGUCGCAGAGGGCGCCUAGGUGCGAUCUCAUCGAUGGCUGCUAGGAGCUGGAUAUUCCAGCCCUCAACAAGCUCAGUCAAUGAGUCGCCAGGGGGAGCAAGGUCCCGCAAGGCCUGACGGAAUCUAUCAGGGUCCAUCAGCCUCUGCGGGCGAGCCCAAAUUGGCUCGCCACCUAAGCAGGGUGGGGGUGGAAAAUCAAUCCUGGCUUUCAGAGCGUAGUGAUCAGACCAUGGCACCUUCAUCGAAGGAGACAUGAUCACAUCUAUACCGACGCCAAAGAUCAAAUCCAGCGUGUGGCCUGCUUGAUGUGUGGGGCCCGAAAGAAACUGGGAGAGCCCUAGUGUCGCCAUGGAAGACACCAGGUCCAGAGCCUGUGAGGAGGGAGUGGCAUCAGCAUGGAUGUUGAAGUCCCCCAAUACCAAUAGGUUAGGGAACUCCAAGGCCCAGCCGGCCACCGCCUCCAGCAGGCCUGACAGGGUGGCUGCUGGUGCGCUAGGUGGCCGGUACACCAGCCAGACAGCCAAGCUCACCUCGGAGCCCCACACUAGGCCAACACAUUCAAUGCCGGGGAUCGAUGGCGAUGGUAGAGCCCUGAAAGAACAAUCUUCCCGGAUUAAUAAUGCCACCCCGCCCCCCCCCCCCGGCCCACAGUCCGCGACUGGUGGAGGACGGAGAAACCCGGGGGCGCCAUCUCUCGUAAGGUAACAGUUUCCCCUUCGCGCACCCAGGUCUCCGUCACACAAGCCAGGUCAACCCCCUUCGAGGUGAAGAAAUCUCGCAGGGUGGCGGGUUUUUUGCCUAUAGACCUGGCAUUGCACAACACCAGUGACGGAGGUGAGUAAUCCUUGCUCACCCUACCUUCGUCCCUCGGGAUGGGGCGCAGAUUGGAAGGGGUACGAGCAUAUCCGUAUCUCGAUCCCCUUCGCCUAUGACAUCUGCCCCCACCACCAUACCUCCCUCGCCCCACUACGGUAGCAAUCCCAAACCUCAAACCAACCUCCAUUUACAAAAUAGAAAAACAAAUCAAAACAAAAACAAUUUGUUGUACCAAACAAAACAAAUCCCCACCCCACUCAAUAUCCAACCCCAAACCAAAAUAAAAUGGAACAAAAUAAAAAUACAUCAAUAAAAACCACCGUUCACGGUGGUACAACAAAGUAAAAAGUAAAAACCCCUUUAAAACACUUUUAAAUAUAUAAAAACAUUUUUAACAUUUGCUGAAGCAACACCAGUGUCCUUAAAACUGUAGCGGUGGCGAGUGUGGGCCCUGCCCCCUAGGCCUGGUGGAAUGGGCCUACAGGAGGGAGUGGCCUUCCUCAACACCCACGGUGCAGCAGCAGGUACCCCUGACCGUUAGGUCCAGUCACUGACGACUCUGGGGUUGCGGUGCUCAUCUCGCUCUAUAGGCCAAGGGAGCUGGCAUUUGUCCGCAGACAGCUUCCGGGUCAUGUGUCCAGCAUGACUAAGCUGCUUCUGGCGAACCAGAGCAGAGCACGGAAACCCUGUUUACCUUCCCACUGGAGUGGUACCUAUUUAUCUACUUGCACUUUGAUGUGCUUUCAAACUGCUAGGUGGGCAGGAGCUGGGACCAAACAAUGGGAGCUCACCCCAUCCAUCAUUAAUAUAACAGUUUAUAAGAGUGGGAGCCAGAAUGCAACCUUGCUUCACCCUACACAAAUCCAGAUUCCCUAAGACAGUUGGAUGGAACUUUGUAUGCCUCCUUCUGGCAACUCCUGCAGCCAAUCUGGUGCCAAAGUAUUGUUCUGUUUUCAUUUGAACCACAUCAGUGAGGCCGAGAGGGGAGUCUUGUCAUCUGGGCAGCCUAGGACCUCCAUACGCACUGUCUAGGCGUGUGCCCCAGGGAGGUCACUUGUUAUGAGAGCAUGAGAUAGGCCUUGUGCAGAUGUAAGUCUGCUAAUCUCAUGAUGGUAAAGGGGUCAGAAACAGACUGACCGCUCACAAGCUCCCUGCAUUGUGAAUUUCCACUUCUUUGUCUUCUUCCCUUUUGUUAAGUUGUGGGUGAACAUAUCAGACAACACAACGAUUCUUCAAACAGCUCUUGUUUAUUCACAGGCCAGAACAGAACUGAACUGAAUGGUUCAGCCAGCCUGCUCCACUAGAGCUCCACUAGAACGCAACAGUAACCAUUUUCUGUAACUAUCCAAUCACUGAAUGUCACUUUCGAUCCCUUAUUUGCAUAUGUGGACCUGAACUAUUUACAGUAUCCCCCUGCUGGCUCAGGGUGAGAACUUCAGUACAUAACACCUUUAACAAUGUCUCAUCUGCACAGAUGCUAACGAGGGUUGAUGCUAACCAGUCCUCCCAACUUAAGAAAUAUUUGAAGCGGGAAUUUGAAGGAGGUUUGCGAACCCUCGUUAAAAGCGACUCAGGCCUACGCAACUUGUGAUUUACCAACCACUGGUCAUGCAUUCUUGGCCGCCAUAGACAAUGGUAGGGGAAGGGCCGUAGAUCAGCAGGAGAGCAUUUGCUUUAAAUGCAGAAGGUGCUGGAUUCAGUCUCUGACAUCUUCAAGUAGGGUGGGGAAUGUCUGUUCUCUGAAAGCUUGGAGAGCCACUGCCGGUCAAUGCGAAUGUUUAUUAUUACAGCUAAACAGCCAGCAUAACCGGCCAAUGUAAAUAAUACCAAGCUAAAUGGACCAGUGUUGUGACUCUGUAUAUGUUCGCUUCCUAUACUCAAAGUAGCCCUUAUAAAUCUCUUGUUUUUGUUGCCUUUCUGAGACUACACAUCUCAAGGGGCUGUCAAAUACCUGGCAGACCACAGUAUAUGGUGGGUGGGUCACAAAUUGUGCAGGCAUGGUUUGGUGUUAACCAUGGUUAGUACCUGCAGUAGAUGUAACCCUAAACUAUGGUUAAAAACCAACAAAGGAACACAAGAACAGCCGCAGUUCUUUUAAUUGUGGUUGAGCGAUCAACAGUAUUUACUAUGUUGGCAGCAAAUAAUCCUCAGAACUUUUUUCAGGCUUUUUAACACAAUAGGGAUUUGUUAUUCUUUAACCAUAAGAGGAAUGUUGGCAUACUCUCUGUGAUUAAAUUUGGUCUUUCCUAUGUAUGGUAAUAGACUCUGACAAGCUAUUUAAAGUACCGAAAGUUUGUUUACAUGUGUUGUUUGGAAAUUCUUUGCAGUUCAGCUAAGCAUAGCAUCUUUCUAUAUAUAUAUGUAUAUUUCUUACCCUCAGGCCUUUGAGGUACAAAAUGCUAUCUCCAAGGCAUCAGAGAAAGAAAGCUUUAAAUUUCUGCAUCUGGGCAUGUGAUGAACUACAUUGUACUCAUUCUUUCUUUCCUUCUGUCUUUUUUAAAAACUUUAACUAGAGGAGUGUACAUUCUAUGUAUGUACUUUUGAUGCUGUUAGCAAGGAGGUUGAAGAAACCUUUGGUUCCUUUUUCAAAGGAUUAACAUUAUAUAAUAAUCACAUGAAUGUUCAACUAAAAUGACUUGAGAGGUCACUGCUAAUUCCAUGCUUCACAUAUUCCUGCAAUGGGUCUGAGUUGUGUGUGUUUUAAAAUAUAAUUUCCUGUUGAGAACUGCACUUAAUAGGAUACUUGCAUUAAAUAACAUACUAAAGUGCUGCUUGGAAAGGCAUAUACAUAAAUUAUCUGAGUUCUUGGGUACAAUCCCUAAUGUGAGAGGUAUGCCCAAGGCCCAUUGAAUUCAAGGAGGCUUGAGCUGCAAUCCUCAGAAGUGCAUCCCAUCAAAUUCAAUGGGGUUUACGCCCUAGUAAACAAAUACAGGUUUGCAACCUGCAAUCUUAUCCACAAUUACUUAAGAGAAAGUCUCACUGAGCACAAUGGGAUGUACUUCUGGGUAUUUGAAGAAUAGCAUUGCACUGCAAAGCACUACUGCACACCAUUAAGCCUGAUUGAUUUCAGUGGGAUUUAGAUACAUCUACUGUAAGUUCCUUUGAAUCAGGCCUGCUUUUUCAGGUAACACAGCAGAAAAUGCAAACCUAUUACUGAUGCAACUGUGGUGUCCUUGCCCACCCCCACCCCCCCACCCCCGGUAACAGAAUAUAUCAAGUCUAAAACCACCCAUCAGUUCCAUAUACAGUGGUACCUCAGGUUACAUACACUUCAGGUUACAUACGCUUCAGGUUACAGACUCCGCUAACCCAGAAAUAGUACCUCGGGUUAAGAACUUUACCUCAGGAUGAGAACAGAAAUCACACGGCAGCAGCGGGAGGUCCCAUUAGCUAAAAUGGUGUUUCAGGUUAAGAACGGACCUCCGGAACGAAUUAAGUUCUUAACCCGAGGUACCACUGUAUUUGUAUUGUGUAGAGCGCUUUUUUUCCAAGAAAAAUAGGUGCCAGAACUCAUCAUGAAGUUGUUACAGUAAGUCGCCAGGCGACUUGAGGCAGCCCUGAACAGAUGCUGGCUUGACAAUAGCCAUGGUGGGAGGGAUUUUUUCCCCAGCUGGAAUUUGCCAGAUCUGAGUUCUGGCACCUCUCAGGUGGGCACCAUUGCCAUGAUAAGAGAACAAGGGGGUGUUCAUGGUGAGGUCUGGCACCUCUUUUUCUAGAAAAAUAGAGCUGCGUGGAGGUGUGGCAAGCUGUCUCCCUAGCUGGUUUGGGGGUCGCCCCUGGUUCUGGUGCAGGUCUAACAAAUGUGCCCUGGCCUGCUUCGUUCUCUUAGAUUCAGGCAGAUGGCUAGGACAGCUCAGAAGGGCCCUCGUGCAAUGUGCAUGCAUAUAACAGUAGAGGCUGAAUGGGAUAUGGUUUGAAGAAAAAGGAAAUACAAAUUGGCCCCGCCCUAUAGCUUGACCAAUCGUGGCUAGGAAUGGCUAGGAGCUAGGUGGAGUCAUGGAUCUAAAAAAAGUGUUCCGUUUAGACUUGAAUUGUUUGCUUUCGUCUUCUGAGAAGUACGUAAAGGUAAGAAGCGGGUGAGGGGCCCGCUGGUCCACAGUGGCACCCACCUGAGAGGUGUUGGCACACUCUGGCUGAAAAAAAGCACUGAUUAUAUGUAUUUUUGCAACUAGAAUAAUGUUGAAUUGAGCUGGUUUAGAAGAGGGGCAUCACAGCAGAUAUCUCUAAAGACCUCUUCUAACGAGGCUGAAACAGAUCUCUUGGGCAAAGGUUCAUUUUUUAAAGAAAAUAAUAUUUUUAUUAGUUUUCAAUUACAAUUCAAUAAUAGCCUCAUUAUAACAAUACCAAUUUAUAAUACAAUUAUUAAUACCAAUCAUUCAAAUACCGAAUUAUAUAAUUUAGAUAACGCCCCCCCAUGUGCUCAAUUUGAUGGAUUAACUAUUUGCUUUAUUUCUGCGUUCCAAGAUCUUAUUAAUUUCCAUUACAUUCCGGUCAUCAUAAUCAUCCCUUAUACAACAACUGCAAUAUUCAUAACUUCUUUUCAUGUUAACACAUUAAAUGAUUUAUAAAGGUACGAGUGAGGAACUCAAACUAUAUAUUUGUUCUUCCUGUGUGUGGCAAUUAUUCCGUCUGCGGUGUUUCUUCCUGUCCUUGUAAGAUGUUAUGUCUUUAUUUCCCCCGGUUGUUGCUGUUAUCCGUCAUGCCUUAGGCGGAGUUGAUAUCCCGUUGUUGUCCCAGAAAUUACUCCAUCGCUCCAUCCUGUGCUUCGUUGUUUUGCAGCUUUAACAACAGCUGCAAAAGUCACUCUGUCCCAAUAAAUAACCUGUUUUCACUAUUUUUCCUCUCAGCCUGGGAAGAAGAGCGGUCUGUUUAUUUAUUAACCAUAGGAAAAUAUCAUGGGACAGUUUAUGACUUUCAUGGACUUGGAAGGGACUCAUCUAGUCCAACCUGCAAUUCAGGAAUCCUGCUCACAGCCGUCUCUGAGUAGGCUCGAACCCCCAACCUUCUGUUUAACAUAAGGUUACCAGAUGUCCCCGUUUCCUGGGGACAGUCCCCAGAUUUACAAAUCACUCCCCAUACAAAAUCCAUUGAAGUUGAAAAGUGUCCCCGGAUUCACUGGAAAAAAAUCUGGUAACCUUAGUUUAACAUCCAGAUGCACUGACCCAUUGUGCCUUCUUUCAGGCUAGUGGAUUCCCACCUCAAAGACCCCAUAGUGUUACAGCUUCACCACAGUUGUAUUGAAUGCAAAUACCACAAACAAAUUGGGAUUCAGCAGAGACAGUCACCAUCAGCUCUGCUGAAGAGCCAGUUCCAUCAGGCUUCACCCCCCUUCAUCUGUUGCCUGACAGCAGUUAUUCCAUCAAGCUGUACUACAACUUUUGGCUAUUCCUUUCUUCGAAAUCUUUCAGUUACACCUGGCUAUUAUGCAAACACUGAAGGUACCUGAAUUUGCUCCCCACACAUCCCUUUUCUGCCAUGUGCCUGAAGGCAAGGAAUUCGUAUUCCUUAUCUUUGCAAGUUGCUGUGGGGGCUUCUUCUUUUUGCUGAAGAGCUGAGUAAAAAGUAUCCAACAAGCUACAGGGUCAGUCUUUUAAAAGAGGCCCCAUGGAACAUGUGUACUCUGUAUCCAUGGGGCCUCUUUUAAAGGACUCACCCUGUAAUAACUAAGAGCAGCUCUGGAAUGCUUUAAAGAUAAGGAGAAGGUGGUUGUACUGACCCCAGAAGGAGCAGGAAGCCAGGGUAGGAAUUUGAAGAAUCGUAUCACAUGCAUUGCCCAUGAACAUCCUCUGCAAAUAGGAGGGAUGAAUUGCUAGCCUUGGACCCUUGCAGUAUGAAUGCUUUAACCCAGGAGACAUGCAACCAGUCAAGAUUUCUUUUGCUAUUUUUUCCCUUUUCAGAUCACUCAGGGUGAACCCCAGAAAUCAUGCGCCAAGCCGGUAGCAGAGAAAGUUACAGACAGUUGCCAACAGAUCUGCCAAUGUAGACCACCUCCGCUACCGCCACCGCCACCGCCUCCUCCGCCCCCCAGGUUGCUUGGGGUCCCAUGUAAGUAGAAUGUGGUUAUUUCUAUUUGUGUUUAAAAAAAGGCACACCUGGGCAAAGUGCAUGUGGGAAAGUGAGUGGGCCAGAGCUAAUGUGGGGCUGCUUGCGCACUAUAUUUUUAAAGCAUCGUGGUACCGCUUUCACAGUCAUGCUUUCCCUCAAAGAAUCUUGGGACCUGUGGUUUGUUAAGACUGCUUAGAGUUGUUUGGAGACUCUGCUGCCUCAUAGAGCUACAAUUCCUCGAGUUCCCUCAGAAGAGGGAAUUCUCUGAACUCUGGAGAUUGUAGCUCUAAGAGGGAAUAGAGGUCUCCAAACAGGCUCUCAGCAAACUACAGUUCCCAGGAUUCUUGGGGGAGCAUUUAAAGUGGUCUGAUACUUCUUUAAAUGCAUUGGGUGGAUAUGGCCUCACUUUCAUUUUUCCAUUUAGAGAAUUGGAACAUGUUCUGACUAAAAGAGGGAGAUGCGUUUUGGCUCGUUGAACAGGAAUUUCUUCAGCGGAGCCAGACAAAUUCCCUCUGUUCCCAACCAGGUGGCUGUUUUCUCAAAGCAGCUCGUUAACGUUGGAGCCACUGAGUCGUUCGUUUCCUAUGUUGCCUUUUGAUUCGCAUUAGCAUAUACUAAAUAUUUUAUGAUCCCGCCUUUCGGUGGGUUUAUAUUUCCCCCCAGAUUCAUCUUAACAAGCUCACCUCCGCACGCAGCUUUGGAAGUGUAAUUAGAUGUGUGGGUGUGUGAGAUUACACACUUUUGUUUGCUUAUCUUUACAACCUGCCCUUCCCUAGAUGGUCCCAGGGCACGUUACAAAACAGCGUCACAGUCCCAACCAAGCAAUCCACCCCACCCUUACACCCUUAGAUUCCUGCAUUGCAGGGGGUUGGACUAGAUGACCCUUGGGGUCCCUUCCAAUCCUACAAUUCUAUGAUUCUGAGGUGUCUGUGUAUGUUGGAUUUGGAAUAGGUGUCCUUCCACUCAGCUCUCCUGGUCGCAAGGGUCACUCCACCAGUGCCACACUUCCCCUUCCACAUGCAAAUAGGUAACCAGGAGUGCCAUUGGUAGGAUAUGCAGCUGGUUGAAAACACCAAAACAGGGCCUGAGGUAGCCCAGGAUCCACCAAAACCUGAGUUAGUCUGAUGGCUGUUACACAAUGAAAUUGGGCCAGAUGCGGGCCAUUUGUCCUGUCCCUUGCUUCCUCCAUGACUUCAAUGAAAACAUCAAUGCGUUUCAGAAGCCCAGUGAGCUUCAGCUAGGCAUUAGUCAUCUAGCAUUGCUAGACCCCAGUUGUGGGAUGUACCUCCUGCAGAAGUCCUGGGAAGCUCGUCUCAGGCUGGUUACAAGGGUUUGAGUAUACAGGCAACUCCCCAUUUGCACAGGGGUUGCGUCAGGGCCAAUGCAUGUGUCAGCAGGUACACACAUGCCCGUUCGCUGCCAUUCCACUCCCCAAAAUGGUGUGCGUGUAUAUCCCCAAUGCACACAAAUCAAGAGUUUCUGUAGGUGUUUUUGCCUUUACACAGAACUCCUUGGAACCGAACCGCGGCAUAAGAUGCAAUCGUACUACAUUACAUGAACGACUUCAAUUAUUUCCGUUUUUCUCAGUAAUCCCUCUGCUUCUUUCAUGCAAUUGUUAACUUGCCAUUUUUUCCCAUAAGCUUCUAAUUAUCUCUGUUCCACUAGGGCUUACCUUUCUCUCCCCCGUACGUUUUGUAUAUACUUAAUGUAUACAAAAUAUAAUUAUACUUGGCGCUGUGGGUUAAACCACAGAGCCUAGGACUUGCCGAUCAGAAGGUCGGCGGUUCGAAUCCCUAUGACAGGGUGAGCUCCCGUUGUUCAGUCCCAGCUCCUGCCAACCUAGCAGUUCGAAAGCUCACAGUGCAAGUAGAUAAAUAGCUACUGCUCCGGCGGGAAGGUAAACGGCAUUUCCGUGCACUGCUUUGGUGCUCCAGAAGCGGCUUAGUCAUGCUGGCCACAUGACCUGGAAGCUGUAUGCUGGCUCCCUCGGCGAGUAAAGCGAGAUGAGCGCCGCAACCCCAGUCGUCCACGACUGGGCCUAAUGGUCAGGGGUCCCUUUAAUCCUUACUAAAAUUAAUGCCGUGGGGCUGCAGUUUCCAUCAUUCCCAACUGACCAUUGACCAUACUGGCUGAGACUUACAUCAACAUCUGGAGGUUGGGGAAGAGGGCUGUGCACUGUGGCUCUGAUGCUCACGUGGAGUUGCAGGGCAGCUGUGUGUGUGCAUCCCCAGUGUGAAAAUGGAGCUGUUGCUAUUGUGAACGCAGAAGCACAUGCUCUCUGUUGCUUGAAAUUGCACUAAUAAUAAUUGUUGUUGUUAAUAAUAGCUGCGAGAUUCUUUGCUCUCAGCUCAUUGUGUCAUCACACUCUGCAUCGGGAGGGGCACCUACCAGGUUAGAAGUGGUGCCUAGUAAGGGAAGGCCUUCACAGGAAAACCUCCUUUUUAUUACAGAAAAUUGCCCAGUUGCCUGCAAUUUGGCAGUUCAGUCACUUGGAGCUCGUACCAUUCAUUCCUAUCAGCGCUCAAAUAAAUACCUCUUUAUACAUCAUUAUGGGAAUGCAAUAUUUAUGAAAGUCUCUCUCUCUCUCUCUCUCUCUCUCUCUGUGUGUGUGUGUGUGUGUGUGUGGAUAGGUAGCACCCAUCUAUGAUUGUGCCAUUUUUCAACUCCCCAAAUGAAAACCCUGUCAGUGUCCUCAUUUGCAAAAUUAAAAAAGUUAAUACUAGUCCUUGCAUUCUUUAGAGAAAUAUAUUAGCAGGAUUAAGGCUGGAGAGAAUGAAAGAAGCAGAUUUGUCUUUCUGCUUCUCUCUGUCUUUGUCUUGGAAAUGUUUCUUUGCAAGGGGAUAUUUGUCUGUAUCUGUGCCACACCGCAGGGUGUAAAGCAAGGAGCAAAAUAACAGUAUUUUGUACCAUUUGGCAAAGAUACUGUAUAUUGAUAGCUUUAAAAAUAAAAAGUCAGUAGAUUGAGUUUCAGGAAGAAAAAAUGUGUCAGCGUUUAGGAGGACAGUGUACUGACUGAAUCACUUUCUUAUAUCCCCGCCCCCAAAAUAGAGAAAACAAAGGGUAUCUGAGCAGCCAGAUCUCUCUGGCUUAUCUCUCUGGCUUUAUUUUGGGGUCUGUCCAGCGACUACAUUGGGCAGAGAGACCUGUACAUGCAAGCAGAAGGUGCUUGGACCCACUUUGGGGAAAUUCUCUGUAGCUGUUUAUGAUUUUAGGUGUUUCACCAAAAGCAGGUUGUUGUUUUUCAGCCUUAAGCUGAAAAACUUUUAUUUCUUCAUUAUACAUAUUUUCAGGUUGUUUCCUCUGUGCUUCCACUUAGGUUUCAAGUUGUUGUUGUUUUGUUUUGUCUUGUUGACAAGUUGUUGUUUGAUUGCUUUUGGAUUUUGGAGAGGUCAUGAAGUUGGUAUUUAUUGCAUUUUGUGGAUUAGCUUUUAUUGUAUGUAUGCUUUAUUGUUUUAGGCUGCUAUACUCUUUAAAAGGGAUGUGGGUGGCGAUGUGGGUUAAACCACAGAGCCUAGGACUUGCUGAUCAGAAGGUCAGCGGUUCGAAUCCCCGCGAUGGGGUGAGCUCCCGUUGCUCGGUCCCUGCUCCUGCCAACCUAGCAGUUUGAAAGCAUGUCAAAGUGCAAGUAGAUAAAUAGGUACCGCUCUGGCAGGAAGGUAAACGGCAUUUCCGUGCGCUGCUACUGUUUGCCAGAAGUGGCUUAGUCAGUCUGGCCACAUGACCCGGAAGCUGUACACUGGCUCCCUCGGCCAGUAAAGCGAGAUGAGUGCCACAACCCCAGAGUCGGUCACGACUGGACCUAAUGGUCAGGGGUCCCUUUACCUUUACUCUUUAAAAACAAAUAAAUACAUUUGCCCCUGGAGCUUUCUCUGAUAUUAAAGUGACCAGGAUAGCCCCUGCUCAUGCAGAGUCUUUGUGUGUACAUUCUCACACAAUUAAAGACACCUUGGUUGCCUGAUUAUACGGCUUCUGUUUUAGCCCAUUAAUUGAUGCAUUCAUUAGGCCUUCAAACUUUUGCAUGAGCAUAAAGCAAUAUUUCAAAAGCCUAUUCUUUCCUUUCUUUGAUGAUGCUUGCACAUGCUGCACCAGACUCUUUCAGAAUAACACAGGAAGCUGCAUUACACCAGAUCAAAGUUUUUGUUCAUCUAGCCCUGUAAUGUCUACUCUGACCAGAGAAACUGUGCUACCUGAGGCAGGUAUUGUGAAUGUUGCCUCCCCUUCCUUCUCAGUGCUGCCCUCUGGGGAAUGGGUCCUUCAUCAAGCAUUGUGGGCAAGGUCGGUCCAGGCAGCAUCUGUGCCACUAGUAAUUUCAAUAAAAAUCACAGUCAUAAUAUGAUAGUAAUAACUAACGUUAUUUUUCUAGAAAAAGAGGUGCUGGAACUCAACAUGAACACCAUCGGUGUAGCCGGGGGGGCAGGGGGGCAGCUACCACCCUAAAUUUAUCAAAAUAAAUAGAAAUCAAUACAAAUCUGAGGUUUGCCCCCCAACAAAAGUCUGCCCCCCCCAAAAAAAAUCCUGGCUACGCCCAUGAUGAAUGCCCUCUUUCUCUUAGAAUGGCAGUAGCACCCACCUGAGAAGUUCCGUAACCCCUAAGAGGUGCUGGAACCGAGUUCCUAUGAGUUUCCCCUGAAAAAAGCAAUUAUUAUUAUUUGUAGUAGUAGUAGUACUCUGCCCAUCUGGCUGUGUUGCUCCAGCCACUCUGGGCGGCUACCAACAAAAGCAUAAUAAAACAUCAAAAAUUAAAAACUUUCUUAUACAGUGUUGCCUUCAGGUGUCUUCUAAAAGCUGUAUAGUUAUUUAUCUCCUUGACAUCUGACGGGAGGGGGUUCCACAGGGCGGGCGCCACAACCGAGAAGGCCCUCUGCCUGGUUCCCUGUAACCUCACUGUAACCACCAGAAGGCCCUCGGAGGUGGACCUCAGUGAACAAUGGGGGUAGAGACGCUCCUUCAGGUACAUAGGGCUGAGGCCAUUUAGGGCUUUAACGGUGAUGUAUACACAGUAACAGUGGUGCAUAUUAUAAAACUUGAAGUUUAAAGUUACUUUAACUAGCCAUGCACAGCUGGCUGGCUUUUGAGCAGAAGGAGCUGGCUGGCUCUGCAGGCAACUGAUGUGGUGGUGCAUGAUCACAUUGCAGGAGCCACAUGGUUCUGUGUGGCUCAUGACAGAAUCAAGCUCUGCUUCUGGAACUGACUCUCCAGGUUCUCGUGUAGAGAUGUGAUCCUCUUUUUUCCUUUUGUUUGUUUUUUAAUAAUAAUAAUAAAAAAACGCUAGAAAUGCCAGAGAUUGAACUUAGGACCUUCUGCAUGGAAAACAUGAGCUGAGCGCUCAUACUGAGCUAAGGUCUCCCUCAAAUCUUUUUUUUAAUUAUUAUUAUUAUCUCUAGAACUCAAGGUCUUCAAUCUCAGCCACGAUAAUGGCCCAAUUUGUUACUGAUUUGUACUUGUACCCAUGCCAGCAUAAAAGAGAAGGGGGGAAAAACCUUUCCGAGUAACUACUUGGCAAGUAUUCCAGCACAAAGUGUACAGUUCAGUUUUGUGGAACUUGGAAUGUUUGUGCAGUUGUCAUGAACGGAAACUUAAUCGGCAUGGUCAUCUCAAAGCCUUUUGGGUUGAGGCCUAAAAGAUCAGGGAUUGGGUUUCUAGAUAAUAACCUUAUCAACUUUGGGACUACUUUUACAUAUGAAGCUUUGGGCAUUUUUACUUGACCUGUUGGUGACCUUUAUGCUCAUUUAAAUUUUGUUGUCUGUUAAUUGUUCAUAUAAGGUAAAGGGACCCCUGACCAUUAGGUCCAGUCGCAGACGACUCUGGGGUUGCGGCUCUCAUCUCGCUUUAUUGGCUGAGGGAGCCGGCGUACAGCUCCCGGAUCAUGCGGCCCGCAUGACUAAGCCGCUUCUGGUGAACCAGAGCAGCGCACGGAAAUGCCGUUUACAUUCUCGCUGGAGCGGUACCUAUUUAUCUACUUGCACUUUGACAUGCUUUCGAACUGCUAGGUUGACAAUUGUUCAUAUAGCUGUUGAUUAUUAUUUUUUUAGGGCUGUGUUGUAGCGAUACUAAACUUUUCAUUACGCUUUUAUAUUUAGAUGGGACAGUAUCCAACUAACUCGUUCCAUCAGUGCAAGGAUUUCUGCUUGUGCAUUGGAAUUUGACUCUUCCUCUCCCCAUGCACCCCCUAAAUCUCUGCUUACCCCCCCCCACAAGCCUCUGGAGCAGAAUUGGGGAGGACACGGGGUGGGUAGUUCCAUUGCACAAGUGGAAAUCCUUGCGCUGACAGGGUGAGUGAGUUGAAUAAUGCCUCUGUGUUUCAUGUGAAGCACUUUGAGCACAGAUGUAUUUGUGGGAAAUGUGGUAUGCAAAUAAAUUGACUUAUGGUGAUGAUAUGUAGCAACAAGAGGGCUGUUGGGCUGCAGCUCUGAAACUUGAGAGGGUGUGUGUGUGUGUGUGUGUGUGUGUUGCUCUUUGUCUAAUCCACAGUCCUCAGCUAUGGGAGCAGCUGUGCUCUUUCUUGUUGUUGUUGUUUAGUCGUUUAGUUGUGUCCGACUCUCCAUGACCCCAUGGACCAGAGCACGCCAGGCCCUCCUGUCUUCCACUGCCUCCUGCAGUUUGGUCAAACUCAUGUUAGUAACUUCGAAAACACUGUCCAACCAUCUCGUCCUCUGUCGUCCCCUUCUCCUUGUGCCCUCAAUCUUUCCCAACAUCAGGGUCUUUUCCAGGGAGUCUUCUCUUCGCAUGAGGUGGCCAAAGUAUUGGAGCCUCAGCUUCAGGAUCUGUCCUUCCAGUGAGCACUCAGGGCUGAUUUCCUUAAGAAUGGAUAGGUUUGAUCUUCUUGCAGUCCAUUGCUCUUUCUUACCAAAGGUAAAUUCUUCAGGGGAAGAGAUCUGAACUGCCCAGAAACAGCUCGCUGGAUGGGGCAGAGCCACUAUGCAAGUAUCCCAGCGAGUGAGUCUUUGUUGCUUACCAUGAAUGACAGGGAGGAUGCAAGUAUUUCCACUGUGGUGAGCUCCCUCCCUCCUCUCCCUCCCAUAAGCAGCAGUGACCCACCUGCUGGGAAACCAGCAUAGCAACUCCACUCCACUUAGGACUCAGCUAUACAGCUGCAAAUAUAAUGUUUUAAGUGCGUUUUAAGUGCAUUAUAGAAAUGUGAUACUAGAUGGUGCUGGUGAGCUAAUGGCAAGUUCCAAAUAUAUUUUGAAACGUUUUUUAAAAGCACUUUCGUAGCAUUUUUUAAAAUGUAUGUGUAUGUGUAGAUUCAGCCCCAGUGAGCUGCUGCCACUGCAGCUGCCCACAAAUACAUUUUUGAAGGUCACUUCGCCUUCCACACCUUCUGCUUCUGUAGGGUUUCAAAGUGUGGACCUCCAGAUGUACAUGCAGAGAACUUGUGUUGUUGGGUGGAUGGAGGUCAGGGAAGGGACUAGGGAGUACAAUGCCUCUCUGCAUGUUCAGUAUAUAUGGUCAGGGGAACAAGUGAAUUAGAUUUUUAAUGUUUCUUCAUUAGACUUUAGCAUGAGAGCUCUUCAGGAUGAGACCAAAGGUCUUUUUUGUUGAGCAUCUUGGCUGAUCAGAUACCCAUGGGAGACCUGGAUGCUGGAUAUUAGUGCAAUAGCCUCUCUUGCUGUUCGCCAAUGACUGGUAUCCAGAGGCAAUCAUUAUUAGUAGCCAUUGAUAGUCGUAUCCUUGGUGAAUUUAUCUAAUCACAUUUUUAUUCACUCUCUCUCUCUCUCUCUCUCUCUCUCUCUGUCCAUAUCCUUUCAUCUCCAAUGAAAUGAGCUCAAGGAAACAUCUAUGGUUCUUCCUUCUCUCCCUUCAUUUGAUCCUCACAUGUGAGGUAUCCUGGGCUCAGAGGGAGUGACUGGCCCAUGGCUCAAGGUCAGCAAGUGACUGAGUGGGAGAUUUGAACCCCUAUCUCCUUGAUCCUAGUCCACGACUCUUAUCAACACUACACCAUGCUCCUAUCAUCCUUUAAGCCAGUGGCCAUCUUCACAUCUUGCAGUCCCAAAUUCCAUAGUUUUAAAUAUGGGCUGUGUAUUCCUUUCUCAUUUGAUCUCUGUUAAAUAGCUAGUUGAAAUCCCUCUGGUUUUGCUGUGAGUCACUCUCUUUUUUAGCAAUAUUGUUCCAUUUGGGUAAAAACGUUUCAAUAAAAAGAAAACCCCAAAUGUUAGCCCAUUUGUCCAUGCCCUUUGCUCUACAGACUGAAGACUCAGAUGCUUCAGAGAAUGUUAUUGAUGAGUCAGAUGCUGCUGAUUUUCAUCCAAAGUAAUCUCUAGGCUCCCCUGGCAGUGGCGGGAACAGAGCUGUGCUUCGUUCUGACAAUUCAAUAAAUGUAUCUUAAUUGGCACAAGCCCCAACCUGUUAGAAACAAGAUCCAAGUCAUUGUCCUGAUUGCCUGCACAAGCUCAUUGCAGAGACUCAUUAUGGUUUCAAGCUGCUGUUGCUUUUUUUUGGGGGGGGGGGUGUUGAAAGGCAUUAUAUUGUCUUAAAAUUCACCAUGCAGAAAAGAGGUGUAAUUAGAAUACUUCAGAUAUCAGAAAGCAAGAGUCCCAAUCCCCAUACAGCCAUGAAACUCACUACGUGACUUAGGGCCGGUCACUGUGUCUCAGACUAACCUACUUCACAGGGUUGUUGUGACAAUUAAACAAGGAGUGGGAAAAGCAUAUACCUUACCUUGAACUCAUUGAAGGAAAGACAUGGUGUAAGUGUAGUAACAAUGACAACAGAAACAAAAAAUAUAAAUUCACAGGCAAAACAUCUGAGGAUUAAAAUUUCUGCAAGACAGCAAUUAAAAAUGAAUAAUAAUAAUUCCAAAAUGCAGCAUCAGAAAAAGAUGGUUACGUCUUGUAAUGACUAACAGAAGAUAGUUUGCAAGUAAGCAUUUAUGUAGGGUCCAUUGGCAACUUUGAGAUCUUCUGUAUACUUUUUCAUAAUAUUACAGUUUGUGCUUGAUCUCUUUUUUAUAAUCUGAGGAAAGGCUUUGAAAAACAUUGCUGCAUGUAUCCUGAUUUGCAUACAAGAUAAAGUUUUACCACACUAUAUACAAACCAAACGGUAGCUAAUUUUAAGUUGGUAAGUCCAAUUUUCUGCGCUGGCUAUUGGUCAUAACUCACUGGACUGAGAAUUCAGUGCCAAAAGUUCUGCUGUUUUCCAGUGAGUUAACUUAAGCUGCACCUAUCCUGCCUUUUCACUUUGUAAGGUCUGCUUACAUUGCAAGUUUAUAAUAAAAGACACAUAACUUAAGAACCAAGAUUCUGAAAGCAGUCAGCCCUAAAAUGCAAACUACAAUAAACAGAAUGAGCUGCAGCAUCAAAAUAGAACCAGAGAUUCUAUUAAUGCUUGUUUGAAAGCAUGAGAAAAUAAAAUCUUUUUUUUAAAAAAUGUAUUCAGAAGAUGAGGGAAUAGACGGGCACCUGGUGAAUGUUUCUGGGAAGGGUAUUAUUCCGUUCUUGCAAGGGAGUGAAGAAAUACAGAUGCUCCCACUGAUUUAAACCAUUGGCACAUGUAGUCUGGUAUGAUCUAACCUUGGCAGUGCCUCUGCAAGGAUUCAAGGCUAAAUUACAUUUGACAUUAAAAUGCAUUUUUGCACUCGAAAUUUACUUUAUUAAAAAAUGCAAAAAGCAACCCUCCAGGAUGCGGGUGGUUACUGAAAAUUAUUGGGAACUCAGCAGGCUGGAUGUGUUUGUGUUAACCCUUUCCUCCCCUGCUGCAGUCCCAAUGAAAAUUGCUUCUUUUUCUAUUGGGAGGAAAUCCCUCACUGCUGACAACGGCUGUUUUAAAGAACACUCACAUUUAAUGCAAAGACACAUUUAAGCACCAAGUCUUCCUAGUUAGGCCCUUUCCCUGAGAUCCUUUAGCUGGAGUUGCUGAGAAUUGCAUCUUGGACCUUAUACACUGAGUCCAUGCCUGGGCUGAUCUUGCUUUAAGGCUAGUACCCUUUAGGUUUGCAGCUGGAUCCCUUUAAUUCACUUGCCAUUUAUAAAUUUAUGCAAGCCACUAUUUUCACACAGACCGUGCUUCGAGGUGCCAUCCUCCAAAUAAACCUGACCUUGCAGAGUUCUCCCUGAACUUUCCAGUGUUCAGACAACAGAACGGCCAUGACUGUAAAUAAAAGAGCUAUUAGAACUUCUGGUUCAGGGCCUGACACAGCUGAGGAAAGAAAUCAUUUCUUGCAUUCUUGUUUCUGUAGCCCCAGGGGCCUUGCUGUAGUACAUUCCAUUUUGACCUUGGAUGAAACCACUUUUUAAGAAAAUGGAAAGCAAAAGUUUAUUUGAGGGAAAUUGGCACUGUGCCUGCUUCCCUAUUAAGUCUUUGGAAAAUACGGAGCAUUCUGUGUAUUGCGUAUGGCACAGGACACUAGAAACAUUUGGUAAGGCUAUACAUUCACACUAUACAUUUAAAGCAGCGCCAUACCAUGUUAAACAAUCACACUUUCUACCAGAGAAUCCAGGAAAAUGUAUCUAAGAGUGCUCAGAGUUUUUAGGAAGCCACUUUCCCACACAUACAGCUACAAUUCUCAGGGUUGCCUGGGGAGAGGAAUUGAUGGUUAAACCACUCCCUGGGAUUUGUAGCUUUGAAACUUAGGCCAGCCUUCCCCAAGCUGGUGCCCACCAGAAGUUGUGGCCGAGGAGUCAUCAACAGAUGCCUACAGAGGCCUUCCCUGAGUCCUCUCCCCUUGCCAAUUUUGCUUGAAAGAAGUACUGUGUUGUAACCGAUAGAACCGGUGGAUCCCUGUCCACAACACAUCCUCUUGUUCACAGAUGUGCCCAUGGCCCCUGACUUAAAUUGGCAAUUCCUGCUUUGGGCUACAGUCCGCCCAAGUGAGCAUGGCGCCAGUUUGGGAAAGGCUGACAUAGGCAUUUGCCAUAUUCUGGACCAAAGCAGAUAACUGCUUCCCAAAGGCUGCAAAUAAAAAGAUGACAGCUUCUAUCAUCCAGCUCGUAAACUGGGCCAAAUGAGCUUGCCUCAGCAUGUUCAGUAAUAUGAAGCCUGUUCAUUGUCUUCAGCUUGUCAACCUCAAUAUCGUUCUGCAAAUUUCUAAAUAAUUAGUGUAGAGACAACCCCCGUUUAGAAUGUGAGGCAAGUACUUUAUAGUCAAACAUGACUGAAAGUACUUUUGAAGAAAGCUGUUUCGUUUACUGUACUGUGGGAUCGUUUUAUUUUGUGGAAUAUUCAAAUGGAAUAUUUGUUUUGUUCAAAAUAUUUAUAUCCCGCCUUCCACCUGCAGUUUUUGAGGUGGCUUUCAGUGCACAGCUUGUGAUUGAUUAUGCAGGGUGGGGUUUACCUCCCCCCCCCCCAGUGUUUCAUUCAGGUUGGCACCUCUGCCGGUUGGCACCAUGAAGAUACAAGGUGCAUCAGAUGUGUGGGUCGGUAUGCUAGUUUUCCUGAUUAUAAUGCUAGAACAUUUGUCCAGGUUUUGAAUGUUCCUUUUACACUGCCGUUACCUGUUGCACUACGGAACUGUGGCUUUCUGAUCCGUAUACUGGUGGGCAUGUUCUGCUAAAUUUCAUUCACACCAGUGGGGUUCAACGCAAUAGCGGACAUCAUUGGACAACAUGUUGCCACCCUUUAUGUGAAUGUGCACUUCUGAUCCCUCAUGAAUAUGACGGGAAAUGCUGGAAUACCAUCCCAAAGUUCGUCACAUGGCGUGAUCCAUGAAAAUGGCGGGAAAAUAACUGUGCCUAUCUCUCACGAUUUUCCAGGUCAACAGGAUUGCAAACAGAUUUUUUUGUUGUUGUUGAAGGGAAGCAAUUAACAGGGAAAUGAAUGCUAAGCUUCCAGUUGAUUCCACUAGAUUUCCAGAAGCAUCACAUAAAACAUUGAACAAAACGCAAAAGUUAACAGGCAGCAAAACAUUGUGAAAAUGGAACAAAGCGCUGUCUGAAUGCAUCCACAGUGGUGGAGGGAAAAUAUGGCUUCUUUGCUCCAAUCACCACCACAUUAUAGGCCAGAUAAUGAACUCAUAUAUUUAUUAGGACGGAUUAAUUUUUAAAACAAACACCCCUUGAGUUUUAAUUGUCUCCUAGACUGCCUCAUUCUUUAAAAAAAACAAAAGCAGGUUGGGGCUCUGUGGAGUAGGAGAGGGUGCUUAGAGGCUAUUGCAUCCAGUACCUCAGUCGUGUCCUUAUUUCAGAGAGAACAGAGUUUCUGAUGAGAGUGGCAGCCAUACCAUACCAACAUACUAAGGGCAACCCAAAAAUUUUGGAUGCGCUUCUGAGGGGUAGAACGUCCUACCUGGUCAAUUUCCUCCGAACUGAGCCUUUUCCUCUAGAAAUUAGAAUAAUGAAGAACAUUUUCUGGCACCACCGGAAUUUAGAGAGGGUUCACGAGUGACUGGCGCAAGGCCAGGACCAGCAACUUAAUUUUAAUCUGCCGUAGAAGAUGUGUGACUUGUGACUCACAAGUCACUUGUGAUUGACUUAUCCAUAGUGGCUUUGAUAACAGAGCUUCCUGCCCCCUGCUACCCAGGCAGUUUCUCUCCUGCGAAAUGGCAUGGCUCUUUUUUUCCAAGGCAGUCAGUCUGGCACCUUUUGCAAGCAAAACAUUUAUCCUUUUAAAAUGGUGAGCGCAACUCCCAUGUAUCAUUCAUUAUAUUUAUUUUUAGAUCUUGCCGUGGGGGCUUCUGCUGACAAAAACAAAAAAGCAAAAAACAGAACCAAGGGAAAUAAAAACCGCUACACUGUUGUUGUUUUUUAAAUGACUGCAGAUUUGUAGCAGCACUGUAGAACUGUAUCUCUCUACACAUCUGGGAGCUGAGGUGCCAGAAUUAACAACAUGGUUAUGUGACAGAACGUACAGUUUAAUGCCUUCCUGGUUUGUUCCUUUUGGUACAAUGGAGUGAAUGGUACCCAUGGUUUCUAUAGGAUAAUACUCUGUAUUGAUUCAUACUUAACACGAUUUGCAGCUUUCCAGCUUCAUGCUGGUGUAGCCUUCGGUUUUCUCCAUCCAUAUAUCUGUGCACAGUAAUAAUACUAAUAUGUGGCUAUCUACAGCACACACCUAGGCAUAUUUAUUCAGAAGUAAAGAUGGGCAAAUAUAUCAGUUUUGGUUUCACAUUUUUCCAGUCUUACAGUCUGUUCUCCACAUUUUCACAUCAGUUUGCGAUCACUAUUAUUUGAAAAACGAUUCUAGUGAAGAGCAUUUUAGUGUGGAUUUUUCCCACUGUCCACACCUUUAGCUGCAUAGUUCAGUUGGUUAGAGUGUGGUGCUAUUAAUGCCAAGAUUGCAGGUUCAAUCCCCAUAAGGACUCCCCAUGGAUUCCCUCCCAUAGGGCAGCUGCUGACAGAUGGCCUGGCAGGGGUGGGGAGCAACUAACUGAAGUGAAAACAGCGGCCUUCUUAGCCUCCCUCCAUCUCUCUUGCUGCUCAGUUGUAAUCGGGGUAUUACCACUGAAUGUACGAACAAAGUACUCCAGUGCCUUUGUUCAAUAAAUAGUAUCUGAAAAGUUCUCAGAUUAAGUUCAGUAGAGUGGUACCUCGGGUUACAAACGCUUCAGGUUACAGACUCCGCUAACCCGGAAGUAGUACCUCGGGUUAAGAACUUUGCUUCAGGAUGAGAAUAGAAAUUGUGCGGCGGCAGCACAGUGGCAGCAGGAGGCCCCAUUAGCUAAAGUGGUACCUCAGGUUAAGAACAGUUUCAGGUUAAGAACAGACCUCCAGAACAAAUUAAGUUCUUAACUAGAGGUACCACUGUAUUCCACCUCUUCUAUAUAUUUGGCUUAAAAAGUGGCUUCUGCCUGCCUACCGCCAUUCACCUGAGAAUCACAUAAUUAUAACAAUAAAAUUAAGGAACAGAAUCUGACUUUUCCCAGAAGAGGGAUUCCAAUGUUUUAUCUACUCUGACUGAGCAAUGGGUCCCUGGGGUUUUUAGGCAUGAGUUCUCCCCAGUCCUGCCUGGUGACACCACAGGAAGAUCCCUGGACUUUUUGUGUGCAUACUGUGUGCUUUUACUCCUGUGUUAGUAGGGUGGGUCAUUCUAGGGGGUGGGACUUAAUUUUUGCAAAUUUCUUCAGUGAGGGGUUUGAAAAAUAUGUUUGUGUGUGAGGAAUUCAAAUAUGCCUUUAUUUUUGUGAUUGGAGAACAUUUAGCUUGGUAAACCUAUGUUUGAAGAAGAAGCACGUAAACUGCUUUCAGAAAACCCAAAAAAUUUAAUUUUACCUUCUAAAAAUGUCAGGUAGUGCUAAAUAAUAAUAAAAUAAUAUUGCUACGUAAUAAAACUGCAGGCACUUGGCAAUCAUUUUUAAUGAUUUCUGUGCAAUUUUACGCACAUUUUACUUACCAAGCAAAACUAAAUUCUAUUAAUUUAACCAAAAUAUCUUUUGAAUUCCCAAGUCACGUUGCAACCUUUUAGCACCCCUUACUUAUGGAAUUUGAAAGUUGAAAAAUUCAACAUGGCCUGCUAUGCUAGGGUCUCUCUGUUGAGGCAGAUAUCAGAAGUGAAUGCUUUUUGCAAUUGCUGCAUCUUCUUCCUGCCAAGAAAAAAUGCAGGUAUUUCCUGUACCUCAUGCAUCUGUUAAAACCGCUGAACCUUCUGCUGUUUUGGGGGGGGGGGGAGGCAGAGAAGGGGAAAAGUUUUGGAAGAGCAUAGUUCUAUGUUAGGGCAUCUGCUUUGCAUGUGGAAUAUCCCAGAUUCUAUUCUCUCUGCAAGCAAAUCAGGCUAAAUGCUCAUUAAACAGGAAGCAGCCUAUGUAUAGUGAUGGCCCCCAAUUUAGGAGCAUAGGAAGCUGCCUCAUAUUGAGUCAGACCAUUGGUUCAUUUAGCUCAGUAUUGUCUUCAUUGACUGACAGCAGCCCUCUGGGGUUUCAGACAUGAAGACAUUCCCAGUUCUACCUGGAGAUACCAGAGAUCAAACCUGGGACCUUCUGCUUGCAAAGCAGAUUGCCUACUGUUGAGCUAAUGCUCUUCCCCUCCCUCAGUUAGUGGCACACUUAACAGAGAAGAGGCGGGAGAAGGUAUAUGAGGGACAUGGUGGGAUGGGUGUUAAAAGAGAGGGAGGAAGGCUUGGUUUGUUUCUGCAAUCAGAUUCUCAAAUCGCUUGCUGAUUUGAACUAGCCUGUAGGUCUCCUCUUCUCUCAUUGUGCAUAUACCGUAUUUUUCGCUCUAUAAGACACACCAGACAUAAGACGCACCUAGUUUUUGGAGGUGGGAAACAAGAAAAAAAAUAUUCUGAAUCUCAGAAGCCAGAACAGCAAGAGGGAUUGCUGCACAGCGAAAGCAGCGAUCCCUCUUCCUGUUCUGGCUUCUGGGAUAGCUGCGCAGCCUGCAUUCGCUCCAUAAGACAAACAUUUCCCCUUACUUUUUAGGAGGGAAAAGUGAGUCUUAUAGAGCAAAAAAUACGUGUGUGUGUGUGUGUGUGUGUGUGUGUGUAUGCUUUUGUAAUAAUAGAGUUCUUGUCCUGCACACUCCACUAGGAAUUUCAUGAAAAUGAAUGAGAAGGAAUAUCAUUUACCACAUUCAUUCCUCUCCAUUACAGCUUUCAUACUUCAUCUGGAUUUUAUUUAGGACUGAAAAAGCAGGUUUCAGAUGUAGAGAGAAGUAAACUUAAUUGAGGGGAGUUUGAGCCUUGGGUGGUUCUGCACUGUUUCAGAAAGAUUGCCAUCAUCCUGAAAGACGUUUCUCUAGCUAGAGAGCAUAAAACAGUACUUAACAGUUACAAAUACGGAAAUUUCUUCUUGGCUCACUUUUUCUCUUCUAGGCAGUAUACCAAACAUACAACAUUCGCUACACUGUCACUCCUACAAAACGAGUUGGCUGUUCCCCACCCUGGUUGCCUACCAUUCAGCAGAGAAUUAAACCAUUCUGUCCAAUUUCAGCUUUUGCAAGUCAUAUCUUUAGUCCAGUGGCCUGUGAAGGAUUUCAGAUUCUGACGUGUCUGUCUAAUAACCACAUGCUGUUAUCAGAAUCUCCUCUUGCUCCAAGAUUUGAUGCAAUUUUCCAUGUUGCUCGUGGUUGAUCAAGCGUUGCCAGAUGCAUUUCUGGGGGUCAGGAACUGUGAAGCGAAGCUGAUAUGGUGACAUUCUGGAUAUGCCAAAGAAUCACUGAAGUGCAUUCAUGAAUAUUUAUAAGACGUAUAAAUUUUGAAAGCCCAGAUCUGAAAUAUAUAUAUAUUUUCUUCAAACACUGAGUGAGUGUUGGAGCACUUCAACUUUUUUCUUAGACUGUGAACAUUUAGGUGGGGCCUUGUAUUUUUACUUUGAAAACUGCUGAUAAAUAACAUUGUAAACCACUUUCAGAAGCCUGCUUUGGAAUUCAGUGCAUAUAAAUAAAAUCAUAGUAGCAGAAGAAGAAAUAAAAAUACUAAUAAAAUCUCGAAGAAAAGAAAUCCUUUUCUGUCUCAAGUGGCCAAAUAACUUGGGUACAGUGGUACCUCGGGUUACAGACGCUUCAGGUUACAGACUCUGCUAACUCUGAAAUAGUACCUCGGGUUAAUAACUUUACCUCAGGAUGAGAACAGAAAUCGUGCAGCGGGAGCAGGAGGCCCCAUUAGCUAAAGUGGUACUUCAGGUUAAGAACGGACCUCCAGAACGAAUUAAGUUCUUAACCCGAGGUACCACUGUACUAAUAGGUAUGUUGGAGAAUUUCAGGAGAAACUGGAGUGGAAAUUUCCAGUGUUGUUCAUUUGUCCCAAAUCCAGAGUAAAAAAUCAAUCCAGCAAAUACUAUUGGUAUUCACUGCUGUCAGUCCAUUGGAUUUCCUUUGCCUUGAAGCAAAUGGCAUGAAAUAAUAUAGUUUACUUAGAAAUCCACAUAACAGCAGACAGCAAAACCUGUAGCAUAGGGUUACAUGCAUUGCUGCUCCUUUUCAUAAUAGACCCAUUGAAGACAAUUAGCAUGUUUAGCGUAGGUUUGUUAAUUUCAGUUCUGAGUAGGACUUAGUGGGGUACAACCCCAUUGCUCCCCUUCUUCUAAAUCCUCCAGAGCAAAUUCAGGGCAGGCAUUGGGGUGGGAAUGGGGAGAUGCUGGAAGAAAUUUAAGGACUAUUUACAGAAAUAUUGCAAAAUUAAGGAACUUUAGAAGGAUGUUGGAUAGAAACUAAGAGGUUUUUAGCUGUAAUGCUUUAAGAGACAUGGAAAAAAAGGUUAACAAUUGGGUAAAAGAUUAAUGGUAAGGAUUUGCUGAACCAACAAAUUGAAUUGGAAUACAAAGAAGGGAGGUAUGAGGAGGUCCAGGGAAAUAAGAGUAAGGAAGAUAGGUUAUGGAACAUUAUUGUGUUUUUAACUGUUUUAUUUUGUAUGGUUUUUUUUCUUAUUUUUUACUGUUUUUGUUAUAUCUUAAAACUUUAUACUUUUUCUUUAUUCUGUACUUUCAUGUAUCUUUAAUAAAUAUCAUUUAAAAAAAAAAAAAAGGGAAUGGGGAGAUGCUAUUGCACAAACAUAAAUUCUUGUUCACUGGAUACCAGCCAUACAUUUUGCCAGAAGAAGGGAAACAGUACUGCAUGUGACAAUCACAGGUCAGAACUGGAAAUGGAUGUGUUCUUCCCACUUUACACACCAUGGGUUGUAUUCAGCUAACUUUUACUUAGAGUAGAAACAUUGAAAUUCAUGGACCUAAGUUAGCCAUGCCCAUUCAUUUCAGUAGGUCUGAUCAGAUUAAUAGUUGAAUGCAACCCAAUGCACCUUGACUUGGGUAGGGAGUUUAAUUACUGCUCUUCCUUAGCCAACAAAAAGUCUUGGGCCUCCAGUGUUUCCAACUAGCACAUGUGCAGAUUCAUUAUUUAAGAGCACAAAGCCAUAUGCCAGUUCCUUGGCAUAUUAGCACCAGAGGAAGGCAUGGGGGUCAGCCCACAAACAUACAAGGAGCUCUGAAGCUUCUGGGCCUUUGGACUGACCCAAGAAGGGAUCUUGUGCGUCCUGGUGUCCAGUGCUUCCAGCAUCCUCCCAAACAAAUUUUCAAUGGCCAUCACCCUCUUUACACCAUGGUCUUCUCUUGAGCUCUAAGAUCUACAAUGACUAUGGAGCCAAACAGGGGGGAAAGUUUGCUCUUUGUCCUUUGAUGCUGAUGCCAUCAUUAUCAGCCACAUUAUGAACCUGCAUUGUUCUCUGGAGCUGUUUUUUUGUUCAGGGCUGUUUUUUACUGAUAUUUUGGCAGUUUUAUUCUUUCUGUAAACCGUGUUGAGGUUUUAUUGCAAAUUUUGUGAAAUAAACAAAUGAUGUGGCUUUGUUGUGGGGUGCUUGCAGUUUUGCGCAAGGUCACAAAUCUGCUAGGGUGGGUUGGUAGACAGAGCCCUGGACCACAGAAAAUGGGGGAUCAAAUCUUGGUUUCCCUUUGAAGAUCACUGCCUGACUUUGGACUAGCAAACGUCUCACAGAGUUGUGAGAAUGUUGUGAGGUUAUUUGGGAAGUACAUUGCCCUAAGUUCCUUGGAUAAAGGGUGGGGUAUAAAUGUGGUGAAUAAUACAAGCCUGAGAUGCUCUGGUAAAACAUGAAGUCUCCAUUGCCUUAAGCUCUAAACCCACACUGAAAAGGAAUUAUAUGAGUUUUCACCCAGAGUGGUACUACUAUGAAACAUUGGGGGCUGCUUUGAUUCUUUCACAGUAUGCAAAUCUUUGGCAAGAGCUCAGUGAAUAGCUUUUAUUUUCUGAGAAAUGAAUAGCCAUCUUUGUCUGGUCACAAUUGUGGGAGUUUGAAAGGCCUUACGCUAUUCCCAGCUGUGCUGCUGUGGUCAAUGUUUUAUGUCUUCUUGGAAUAUGGAGGAAUCAAACUACUCCAGAAUAGCCAGUGUGGUAAAGUAGUACGACUGUACCAUUUGUGCUUGAUAAAACUUCCUUAAUAGGGUUUAUAAUUGGACAUGUCAUUAUGGCAAUCUCAGCCAACCUAAUGCUGCAUCUGAUGGGCAGCCACCAAGAAAUGAUGGCGGCCAAAGUUGUUGAACCAUUUUCAUUUCUGACCCCUGUUUCAGUGGUCUAAGAGUUAGGAGAUGAGGUGUAACUCAGUGGUAGAGAAUCUGUUUUGCAUCUGAAAGGUCCCAGCAUCUUUGGAUAGAGCUGGGAAAGAUACUUUACAUACAGAAGACUCCCUUCAUUUAUGGAAGGUCCAGUCCUUAGCAUCUCCAGAUAGGGUGGAAGAAGACUUUUUGCAAGAGGAAGGCCAGGGGUUCAGUCCCUAGCAUCUCCAAGUAGGACUGGCAAAGAUUCACACCUAAAUCCUUGGAGGUCAGCUGCCUAUCCAUGUAGACAUCACUGAAUUGUGCGGACCAACAGUUGUUACAAGAAAGCUUCAGUGAGCUGAUGUAGCAGAAAGAUCUGUUGUCUGCUGCUGUAUUGUGGUAUUCAGAAGGAAACCACAACACACUGUAGGUAAUAGAGUAGGGAAAAUGUGCUUUGGGUUGUAAACUAAAUUCCUUGGUCAUGUCCCCAGGAGUAAACUCUGGGCCAGUGGAGCUUCCUAGAGCGUUAAGGUCUUUUUGAUAGGACUCAACUGAAUGUGUGUCUUUUCCACAUUAUCUUUUCCAGCUCCUACCGUUCCAAGUUGCCCUACUCGAGAGACGUGGUGGCCAGGCCCAGUUAUAAUUAUUGCAGCAUGCUGUACCACACUAGUGUUCCUCUUUCUAGUUUUCAUCAUUUGCUACAAAGCCAUAAAAAGGUAAGACUGUAAGUGUGUUGCAAGAUCAGAUGCUUUGUGGAUGUGCUACCUUAUAACUUACAACAGAAGAGCAAUGAUAAGGAAACUCAAGGAGUUACUAGCCUGGGAAUGUUCAGACGACAAGUCAACAAGUACUGAACAUGGGAGACUGAGCAGUUCCCUGUUCUGGGUGGAGUUGCACUCACCCUGAAAUAACAGAUUGUUAGUUUGGGGAAGCUUCUGAAUCCAUCUUCGUCAUUGGAGGUUCAGGUAGCCUCAGUGGCUGGGAGUGUGUUUUACCAGCUAUGGCUGGUACACCAAUUACAGCUGUUUUGGGACAGUGGUAGUCUGGCUAUAAUGAUUCGUGCUUUGGUAACCUCAAGAUGAUUGCUCUGUUUGAAGCUGUCCCUGGACUUGGUCCAGAAGCCCCUGCUGUUGCAAAAUCACUGCAGCUCUACUGUUGAUGGGGACCGACUAUUGUCAACAAGCAAUUCCAGUGCUCAAAAGCUUGCACUGGCUUCCCAUAUGCUACCAGGUCAUGUUCAAGGUUCUUACAAGGCCUGUAAAAAUCUGGAUCCAGGAUACCUCAAGGACUGAGGACUUCAGGGGAGCCACAGUUAGCAGAUCCUGCGGCUCAGAUGCAUGCCUUGUAUCCACUAGGAGUUGUGAAUUCUGUGUUGGGGGUCAAAUCUUGUGGAACUCUCUUUAGGUUGAGAUCAGACAGGCACCUCUCCCUGUUGAACUCCUGGCUCCUAUUAAAGACUUUAUUCCAACAAGUGUUUUAACUGAAUUCUGAUCUUAUAAUUUUAAUUGGUGUUUAUUUUCAUUGAAUUGAGUUUCUCAUUCAUCAUUAGAGAUGACUGUAAUUAAGCAGCAUAUUAAUUGUUAAAAUAAAUGAAUGAUGCCAGGAAAUGCAGGCAAUCCCAUACACAUCUGACAUAUGUUUAAAGUUAAGAAAUUCCAGGCAAAUUUGUAUGCAAAAAUUGUGUAUGAUAGGACAAAUUCACUGUAAAAUGCUGAUGAAUUUUCAUGUGGACUGGUUUUUUUUGUUGUUUUUUUAAAAAAAAGCACAAACUCAUGCAAAUUUAAGAUUGGAAAAAUGAGAAACUGAGCGAGGUCAAAAUUGACAUAAUCACCCAUCCUUUUACCCUCAUUCGUAAGAAAUGUGAGACAGCCUUUAAUGGAGGGGGUGAAAACCCUGUGAAAAGCUAUUCCCAUAAACAGUCCAAUAAUACGACAUGUAACAUAAGCAUUUGCAACGCAUAAGGUGGAAAUCCCCCCUCUUAAAUGAAAUCACAAGGAAAUGCCAUUUUGAAAUCUCAUUUAGUUCUUUGAAAACUCACCAUAUGUCACAAAAUCCCGCCGUCUGCCUGCAGGACAUUUGUAAAUUAUCCAUCACUUGGAUUGUCCUCGUUUUUUCAUUCAUGUAGUGCAAUGGCAUGUCCUAUUGCCUAAUAGCAACACUUAAAGUUAUACUGCCCCCUGCCUAAUGCAUGGUUAGCUGGUGGCAUGAAGGGGGUAUCUGAGCUGGGCUUCCUGUUCCUGCAAGCUGAAUAUUGGUAAGUAUGCAGUGCCAGGAACAUAUCUUGCUGGUGCUAUAUAUACAGAUCCCUGAAUUCACAGCUGCUGAAUGCAGAGGAUUUUGCACUCACGCCGCAUCAUAAGUAUGCAGGGGGUGCACAUAGUUUGUCAAGCUGGCUCAAGGCCUGUUUGCAGGGGGCGGCAGGAGCCAUAGGCAAUUCUGGAACCCCAUGGUGGUGGGUGCCAUGUUGCAGUACAGUACCUUACAGAAGGCACAGGACCUGCAGUUUCUCCAUCUCUCUCUUCCUUUGGACCUUUCACCUGCUCCCUCCUUGCCCCCAUAUUUCAUCAUCUGAUUUAGUGUUGCUUGGAUUAGCUGUAGUGAAAAUGAGGCACAGGUUCUCCUCUAUCCAACAGCAUCGCUGCAAAGAGAAGUUUGGAAGUUUCUACUUGCAUUUUAGAUGAGCCACAGUUUAGUGUUACAUCUUACCCCUAAACUGUGGCCGGCUUUGUAAAUUAUGGUCUGAAAUUGGCCUGUUUGCACUAAUUACAAUUGAGUCUACCAUUUGUCUGGUUUCAGAUGUUCCUACAAACUUGUCUGUAAUAGAACCAAAAAACUUCUGAACUCCUUCUUGUGGCCGUGCCAGAGGAGGAGGCAGGCGCAUGCAAGCCCAGGACUUAUUAAGACUCAUUUUUACAACAUGCAUUCAACAUGGAUGGAAUUUUCAUGUGAUUGAACUUAUCUUUUUUUUUAAUUUAUUUAUUCAAAGUUAUAACAAAACAUAUUUUCCAAAAACAUAUCCUUAUUCCCCCCCCCCGUUUUUUCUCCCUCCCCCCCACAAAACCCAUCCUCCCACCCCACCCCCCGACUUCCCUCAGUUCCAGUCUUUGGUUUCUCCAAUAAUGCUAUUUUCUGCCUGUUACAGAAUUGUGUAGAUCUUCAAACUGUUUAGCUAAUUAUUAUCAGUAAAAAAAAUUGUGAAUGUUUAUUCAAAACCUGCCAAGGAGUCCAGUUCGCUUUGUUGCGUCUUCAAAUACUUUGUAAAAGGUUCCCAUUCAUCCUUAAAGUCACAGUUAUCCUUGUCCUGUAACCUAUAUGUCAAUUUUGCCAGUUCUGCAUAGUCCAUCAAUUUUUCUUGCCAUGAUUCUUUAGUUGGGGUUUCUUCAGUCUUCCAUCCUUGUGCUACCAGAACCCUUCGCGUACAUGAAGAUGUUUUUCAACUUUUUUGGCAGGUCUUUCCCCACAAUCCCCAACAAAAAAGCCUCAGGUUUUUUAACAAAUGUUAAAUGGAACAUUUUCUUCAAUUCAUUGUAUAUCAUUUCCCAAAUUUUUUAAAUUACUUUACAAUCCCACCACAUAUAAUAAAAUGUUCCCUCCUUUUCCUUACACUUCCAACAUAUAUUUGAACUAGUUUUGUACAUUUUCCCUAACUGCACUGGUGUUGUGAUUGAACUUAUCCACACAUUUUCCCCCUAAUCCCUCCUUCGCUCCUUGACCUUGAUGAGAAACAAACUAUUUUAUUACUAGUUCUGCUAAAAAUGUGAACAGCCAAGUGAGGCAUGGAUCCACUGGAUCUUAAGCCAGGCCAUUUCCUAGAGAGGAACUUGAUCAAGGCCCCUCUUCUGUGCCAGCCUGGGGACAAAACAAUGAUAUUCCUAUCUUCUGCUUUGGGGUGCAGAACAGCAGAUCAUUCACUGCAUCUGCAGUCUCCUUAGGAUUACUCUGUAAAUUCAUUGUAUUCUAAAACAGCGCUAUCUAAGCCAUAUCCCUUGCAAACAUAAAUCAGUGCUGGUUCAGGCAGUACAGUGAGACCAAUUGGAACAGCAGGUGAUCUCAUUGUCUCCUAAUCUGUUUUUUGAAUCCUUUUUUUUUUUAUUUUUACAGUGUAAGGACUUAGAUUAGAGCAAGAUGAAAAGAUUUAGGGGGCAAGCUGGCAGUCUGAAGAGGGCUAAGCACCAUAGUUAAAAUAACAUAUGGGAUAAAAAGAUGGGCAGGCAUUAUGUAAUAUUCUCUCUCUUAAUUUUAGUGUCUCUGUGGAAUUUUAUUGUGAUAAGAUGCUUAUAUAAAAAGCAAAAAGAACACAAGCCUUUCUCUCGUUAUGUAAAGGCAUGAGACAGUAACUGUCUCUAGAGACGUAACGGGAAUUGCAAGAACUGUACUUCCCAGGCCCUUGUGCUAUUGGCAAAAUUUAAAGUCUUUAUAUACUGCUUUUCAUCAGAAAAGAUUGCAGAGCGGGUUACUAAGAAGGAGCAAACUACAACAUGUAAAACAAUAAAAAUUAAAUCCAGUAUGGAAGACAUAAAAAAUAAUUCAGUAUACUCUGCCAGAUGGGCGGGUUAUAAAUAAUAAAGGUAUUUAAGUUAUUGUUAAUAAUGCAAUACAUCACACAUCAGACUCCCUGAUGUAGAAUUCCAUUCACUCAGUAGCCUUAUGCACAUUCAUUAUGAACGUCUGCUAACACAUCUGUACCUCAGUGAAUUUAACACCUGACCCAUUCACCCACACUCACAUACUCUCAACCAUUACAGUUCCAGUAAUACAAAGGCCACCUACAGCACCGGAAGCCUAUCGCUGUUAGGCAAAAACAACAUCUAAUCUAGGACUAUGCAACAUUCAUGCAGCAGUACAAAUGAGAGUGCAUGUCCAGGAUAGGUGUAAAAGAAGAAGAAGAUCGGAAUAUGGAAGGGAAGCGGUUAAAAUGCACAUGAUUAGUACAGGUGAAAAGUUUAAUCUUGCAAGGGAGCAACAAACUAGAUGGGAGAAGAAGAAGAAGAAGAAGAAGAAGAAGAAGAGGAGUUUGGAUUUGAUAUCCCGCUUUAUCACUACCCGAAGGAAUCUCAAAGUGGCUAACAUUCUCCUUUCCCUUCCUCCCCCACAACAAACACUCUGUGGGGUGAGUGGGGCUGAGAGACUUCAGAGAAGUGUGACUAGCCCAAGGUCACCCAGCAGCUGCAUGUGGAGGAGCAGAGACACAAACCCAGUUCACCAGAUUACGAGACAACCGCUCUUAGAUGUCCCAAAUGACCCCCCCCCCCAAUUUAGUAUGUGAAAGGGUCUAUUAAGAAUCAUCAGUGCCAGAACCAAACUUCCAAGAAUGGCUUUCUUGGCAGCCUGAGCAAGUGACUUCUUCACCCUCCUGGAUUUGUAGCACCAUGAGUUACUCCUCUCUGACACCAAAGGAGUUGGGAGUUGCUGAUAAAUGAUGCUGUUGCUGAGUCAGCAGAAGAAGUCAGACUCAUGGUCCCUCGUCACCUGCAAGAUGCUUAGAGGUGUGACUCUCAACCCAGAGGAGGAAAGUACUAUCAGUUCCUUGGGGUGUCCACGCCCUUGAAUGAAUGGCAGGUUUUAUCACUAGGUGCUAGCUUUAACACAACAUAAUGCCCUAUAAAGAAAACCAUACCAUAGAGUUCAUAUUAUAAAGUGGCUCUCGAGUGGAGAGCAAUGGUUCAAAUAGUCAGACUAGCAGCCCAACUAGCCAGAUAGGGACAUGGGAAACUGCCUUCUAUGAGGUCACAUUAUUUGUCCUUCCAGCUCUGUAUUGUCUACUGUUGGUUGUCUCCAGGAAAUGUUGGGGAUUGAAUCUGGCACCUCCUUCUGCAUGCAUAACGUGUGCUCUUACCACUAAGCUACCACCCCUUCUGGGUAGCAGAGUCAGCUGGGUCAGAUUUUGGAUCCCAUUAAAAGUCUUCAUCUUCUCGGUUUUAUAUAUGUUAGGGAUAACAGGGGUGGUUCAUGUACAUAAAACCCAGCCACUGUGCACAUUCACCAUACCUCCUUGAGAAUGUGUGCAUAAUCCAUCCAUGAAGGGGGAAAUGUGUGUAUAUCCUGUUCAAUAUACAUCAUCUCCUAUGAGCCUCGGGGAAUGUGCAUAUGUCAACUGAAUUUUCUACAUUUUGUGGCCAAUAUACAUUGUAUCCAACAGGUCAGAUUGCACACAUUUGAACAAGAGAUAUAAAACAAGAGCAUGUUUCUUGGAAACUAUGCAAACUGACCAGAGAAUGUGCAUCAGUGAGUCUUCGGGGCCCACAGUAAACUACUCUGAAAUCAGAGAAGAUGCAGUGAAACUCUUUAAAUUAAUUUAAGUUACAUCAGAACGGGUCUCUUUUUCUCCUUCAGUAGACUUGGGUUGCAGACUUGGGUACUUUAUUCUCAUCUUUGCAAGUCAGAAGAGGUUUUUAAGGGUUUUCAGGUGGUUGUUUUUAAAUGUGUAUACCUGCCUCUUGGAAAUCUCAUCUGUCACAUAAACAGUGAAGGGUUUGCCUGAGGUCAGGGCACAGAAAGGCCGGCUGAUAGGAAAGGCUCUUUUAAAGACUAUUUGGAAGAUCGGUGGAGAGACAAGGUAGGAAAUACAGGGGGGCCCAUCAAUCAAAGGCAUAACUAAUGCAGAGACAGGAUUCUGAAAGGGCAUAGGACUAGCAUGGAUAGACAUGACAGAUGAUUCCACCUUGAGGGCUGGCAAUCCCAUUAGGCAGCCUGAGGCGGCCGCCUCAGGAGACAGAUGCUGUGAGGCAGGCAGGGAGCAGCAGCAAGGUGUCGAAGGACAGAGUUGUGUGUGUCACGCAGCCUGCCUGCCUGCCCCACAGCUCGUAAACCAGCCAGCUGCCCUAAGAUGUGGUGAAGGCAGUGUUGAUGUAACUUUCGGCUUCCAGCCAGGUUGCAUUACGCGCCAUCUUGUUCUUCAGUUCAGGCAGCAAAAUAUCUUUGGGUUGCUGUGCACCCAGUCACCUCCUCACUUAUUCUGCUUAUGUUCCAAAGAAUGAGGAACUUAGCUGUGUCCUGCCUACCAUCCAAAACAGAGGCUCUUACAUGGAAGUAAGAAAGAGAUCUUCUUCUUUUCCUGGGCAAGCAACAGGAUAGUUUAGCAGUCCAUAAAGCAUGAUUCAAAAGUACAGUGGUACCUUGGUUCUCGAACGGCUUAGUUGUCGAACAAAUCUGCUCCCGAAUGCCGCAAAUCUGGAAGUAAGUAUUCUGGUUUGUGAACAUUUUUUGGAAGCUGAACAUCCGACACGGCUUCUGCUUGAGCUCAGGAAGCUCCUGCAGCCAAUUGGAAGCCACACCUUUGUUUUCGAAUGGUUCCAGGAGUCUAAAGGACUCCCAGAACGGAUUAAGUUCGAGAAACAAGGUACCACUGUACAGGAGCAAGGCAAGAUAUUCAGAAUUGAACAGAAGUAGUGGAGAUGUCCGAACAGUUGGCACAGCCCUCUUGCCCAGCUUUUAAAGAUAAGGUAUGGUGAGCUCACUCAUGAGAGUCUCUCACCAGACAGGAAGUCCAUGAGUGCAGUCCGAUCCGAUCUGCAGAGGUGGUGUCUUGUUGGCAACAAGACUGCCGCCCUUCCCCAUAGCAACCUCUGUCUUCUGCUAUGUCCCCAACUGGCUGUUCUCAAUCUUCCACCUCCCUCCACAAUGAGGCUCUGCUUCCCACUCUGCAACAACUGGAAUCACAAGACUACUGACAGAGUCGAGGGGCCCAUGACACCCCAAGAGUGACUUUCAACGAGCGAAGACUCACAGUCAAUAUGGAAAGUAAGCCUAGUUGCUUUAUUUAAUUGGACAGAACCAAUUAAGGCACUUACUUUGUUCAAUUUAUCUCCAGUUUCAGUGUUAUAGAAACCAGUACCAGUUGAAUAGGUGUCAAGGAAAAUGGACACGAUUCACUAAAAGUUGCAAAAGUUGCUUUCACCGCAGCCACAAUGACCUUUUGAUGAUUGUGCUCCAAAUUUGUCUGUCUCCAUAAAUUAUCUUUAUGUUGGUAGCACUGGCUCUUAAAUAAGAACUGGGUAUAUUUAAUUAAAAUAACUUCUAAGUGAUAUUCUCUUGGUUUUAGGCAUUAUGAAAAUGCGUACAUGCAAGCCAUGGAGAGGUUGGCAGAUGCUGAAGCCCCGUUUUAUAACUUUGCUGGGAACCACGCAGAAUGGUUUUCAUUUAUCCGGAGCUGGAAUGCUCUGUUCCUUUUAAACCAAUUUUUACAAAGAGGUCAAUGUGUGAUAUGUAGCUCUGCUACAUAUAUGUAGCCAUUUUUUAAACAGGUGGAUGAAAUACCUUUUAAAGAGCUGCCUGUAUUUUCUGGCCAUAGAGUGAGUAUUACGGAUUUCAAAAGUACUUAACACUCAAGAGAUACUAAUUUGAAUAACUACUGCUUAAAAGAUGUACUGGAGUAGGCAGGAAAGCCAAGUGGAACUGGAGUGGUUGAGAGAAGGAUCUUGGUAGGCCAAAAGGAAAAGACAGAGAAAACGAAAUGAAGUAAAAGGUAUAGAAAACAUAUAAUUGGCUUUGUAUGCAUUCUGUAAAAUUAGAAAAAUGAAAACUUUCAAAUGAAAAACUGUUUUCCUCAGCAGACAGAUCACCUAUAAUUUUAGGCUAUAUUUUGCAAUUCCAUAAAGUACAAUUUUUUAAAACGCAAUCAUUUUUUAAAAAAUCAUGCAUACUCUGCAAAUGUUCAGAUUUUGAAUAUUUUAAAAUAUAGACAAUGCAGAAGAAUGAAGAAGGAAAAUAUUUGAUCUGUACUCCUGAAAGUCUCACUAGUUAGAAAUGAGACUUGAAAGCUACAAGGUAACAGCAAUUUUUUCUUGUGUGGAACAGUCUUCCACACAAAGAACAGGACUGUCUCUCGUUCUCCCCCGUGCAGCCCCUCAUAUGCCAACCAGAUUGGGAGCAGAUUUGGGAAGACCUGCAUGGGAGGGUAGAGGAAGAAGUCCUACUGCAUAACCAAAAGCCCACUUGCAUAAUAAUGGAUUCCACCCAUAAGGCAUCAGCAUCAAGACUUCUUACAAGCUGAGCAUGUUUUGUCAUUUGCCUCCUCCAGUACUGUUCUGAAACCACCACUAACUUCUGUUAAACUUGAGUACUUAUCUGCUUCCAAGUGAAAAUGGCGACGAGCAAGGCUGCUUUGUCCUUGAGCUCUGCGAUCUGUUUUAGUUUUAAGCUGUUUUUAUCUUGAAUAGUAGCCGGUUGGCUUUCAGCAGUUAAUGUUAAUUGCUAUAAAACAGGCAAGGACCAUAUCUCUUUUAUCUCUUUUACUUCUAUGUGGACUUAAAAGCCGUAUAUUUUAAUUGGACGACAGGAGCUGGGGGAGCAGUUGUUUUGGUUCAGCAUUUUAAACUGAUAAGAAACACUUAGAAGACCAUCUUGAGCAAGGGAUACACUGCAGAUUUAACAGUUUUAAUAUGGCUAUUAGACAGACACAGACCCGUAGUGAGUGCUUCAGUUAAAACGUCCACAACUCCAUUGCCAAAUUUAGUCCAGAAAUCUAUGCUGGACUGUUGUGACUCAGCAAGUGAAGCAGAGGCAACCACAAAGUGAUUGCGGCAAAAGGGAAUUAAUAUAUCUUGAAUGGACAGCCCUGGACCUUUACAAAUGUGCAAGUAAUGGGGUUGAAGAAGCCUUAUCCCAAGUUGGAGGUUUUGCUACAUAUUCCUUUAGGGUCAUUCCAAAUCAAAUCAAUGCAAAAAACAAGGCUUUCGCCACACACCGUCUCAGAUUUUGAUGAAACUUGGUGUACACCCUUCCCUUAUGGUUGAAGGAAACCCCCUUAAAUUUUUUCCCUCUAUCUCAAAUGGUUAAAUUUUAUAGCACUUCAAAGUUCCGUGAAAUCUGUGUUUCUGUCCCUCUUGAGAUCCUCAAUCUUGUGUGCAUUUUUUUCUUCUUCUCCAUAACCAAUGAUCAGAUCUCUUUGAAAUUUUACACAGAGAUCAAUAACAUAAAUGUAGCUUUUUUCAUGAAAAACUAGGUUUAGGAAACUUAAAUUUUCAGUGUUAGGGCACAAUGCAAUCAAAAGUUUCUGAUGGUGAAAAUUAUUGCAAAGGCAUGCUCUUUCUCAACAAAGAAUAAAAUUUAUGGGUCUCUUAUGUCUUGUAACAAAAUUUUUCGUUUUUGGACACCGUGGGGGGAAGAUGGCUACUGGGUAUAACUUUCCUACAAUCCAUAGCUGUAAAAGAAAAAAAUAAUGAAACAAAGUUGUUCAUCUUAAAAUCUAAAAUAAUAUUAAUUGCAGGUUUUUUUCCAAAAGUGCAGACUUGUUUUUCCGUUUUGGGUAUUUAAAACUAUGAAAAUUGGCUAUAUCGUGAAAUCAAUAAUAAUUAAAAAAAAAUCGGUCAGAAACUUUAAAUGGAUUCUCUUCUCUCCAAACUGGUCUUUUCUUCUAAACUUAUAUCUUCAGGUUGAACGCAACUGCCUUCAACAUCACCUUGAUCUACAUCGCUGCUAUAAAUAAUUUGUCUACAUCUUCUGCACAAUUUAUCUCCUGGCUUUAUACUUUAAUUCCUUUCUCUAGCAAAUCUUUAGACUGCUGUAAUGUUAUGGGGCUUAGAUAUUUUUUGACUGAUCCUUUGUGCUUUUUAAAAGGAUCCCUGCAGGUUUUUUUGAAGAUAUUCAAAUUUCUUCAAGUAUACACUUUGUGAUGCAAGCAAAUAGUUUCUAAGACUUCAGCUUUAGCUUCAGUUCUUAAAUGCAACAGCUCUCUGUCCUCUUCGCUUAAACUGUUAACAUUCUCAAUCCCUUUUCUGUGACUGAAAGUUAGCUGAUGGCAUUCACUAGAAGUUAACUCUCCCACACUACAUAUUGAAUCUUCCAUCUUAUUCCAGCUGAAAAACACAGCAAGAGCUAGCACCCAAAAAAUCAAAGAUUGGAUAAAUUAUAAGAGUGCACCACACGGCUUUGCUCACAGAUACCAGAAGUAGAUUGACUUCAAGGUGGAGGAAGGCCUUGCCUGGUGAAGUCUCUCCCCUCACAGAUCUUCCUCCAGGCACAGCUUCCUUAUGAGGAGUCCCAGGGCUGGGGGGUGGGGCAAGGCAGGUGGAAGAAGGCCAUGUCUCUCCCCUCACCUCACCUCAUAAUAGCAUACACAUCUAGCAUAUACGAAAGACUUCUCUGAACUGCAAUCUGAGAAAACAUUUUAAAAUGUCUCAUAUUUUUAAUAUUUCUGAAAUGAAUAAUUUUUUUAUUAAUUUAACCCUAAUUUGAUGUACUCAUAAUUGAAUAUAAUGCAUGAUUUUACAUUCUUUUAAUCUUUUUAUUUCUAGGUCUUAUUUCCUUAUGUGUCAGCAUUUCUGACUGAUUUUUUCUUUUUUAGAUUUAUUAAUACUAUUGCCUAUUGUAAGUUUGUCCUGACCUUUGGCCAGAACAAUAAACUAGUGAACUUGAGUACUUAAUCUGCCAGGAAAUGCCAACCAGGUUUUGUGAAGAUGGAAAUUCUUCUGAAUACAUUGAUAUAUAUAAUCAUGUUUUCAUCCAUCAUUAACCUUCCUAAAUCAUCAUAUGCCUUUGGAUUAUUGACAUUACUUAUCCCCUGUGCAGACCAACAUUCCCAAACCAGGGUUUGAAGGGGGGUUUGCAACCCCAUAAGCUAUGGUUAGCACUGAUUGCUAAUUAAUCUCUUUAUCUUCUUUCUCUCCCUUCUUCUCCAUAUAUAUAUAUAUAUAUCCUUACUCUUACUGGACCACAACAAAGGAAACCGCUGAGAAAAGAAGAGAAUGGAACAAGUCGAGCUGAAUAUGCAAUGACCUCCUCCCAAAACAACAAGACAGUUGAUGCUAACAAUGCGGUGGUAUAA